CGUCAUCCUGAUUUCGGCGCGAGACACCUCGGAGGCGCUGUUUCCACACCCUGUUUGGUGAGUAAUCCGUUUUUUUUCCCCUCCCCAUAUUCCCGUUUGUUGGCCUUUCGCGCCGAAUGUAUAUGACUGUCUGGAAGCAGGUCUAAUUCGUUUUGAAUUUGACUUGUGUUUCAGACAGGGUCCAAGUUUCUGGGGAGAGAAAUUGCUCCCCGCAUGAUAUUCGGGACCUCCAGCUGAUUUCCCCCUUUAGAAGAGUUUUUCUCUCGGUCCGACGUCAUCCUGGGAAGACCCGGGUGGUAUGAGCUAUAUAUAUUUUCCGCUUGCAUGGAAGGAACUAAAUUCAUUAAAAAGAUACCAGCGAGCAGUGCUUUAAGAAAGUAAUCCUCAAGAACAUGUAAAAUCAAGGAAACUUAUAUAUAUGUAAUCGUUGGGAGAAUCAAAUUAUGGUGCUAUACUUGAAAUUUUUUUAAUGUAAUAAUUUGUUUGUUAAGGUGUAAUGUGUAUUGUUUUAAAUAAUGUAGGGGCUCCCCCUUAACUUUGUUAAUUACUAAGAUCUUUAUUAUCAUGUCGAAAUAAUGCUAAAACAAAACCUCUUAAUGAUAAACCAGGAAAACCUAUAGACCAAAUUAUUUAUAUAGUGUAUUUAUUUAUCAUAUACCUUCUUCUACAUAACGAUCCACGAACUCCCAAGUUACUAGAGUGCAGGGAGUGUAAAUUUUGUCGUGUUCACUGCCUCGUGUCGCCUCUGGUAAUUAACUUUAAUUUUCUUAAUAUUUUGCCCAGCAGUUUCCAAGGUGUUUUUAAUUAAUUUAAAAUAAUAUAUUUUUGGGCACGAGGGGAGUUACAAUUUUAUUACGUAAUUUCCAUCGUUUUGAUCUCAAGCCACCAUCACUGUCUUCGCUCUUGACUGCUUUAGGUGCUUCAGCACAGUACUCAAUUAUGUCAGCAUCACAAGCUUGAUCAGGAAAUUAAUUUUAUUACGUCGUUUCCAUCGUUUGGUCUCAAACCACCAUUAAAGUCUUCGCUCUUGCAUUAUUUAGGUGCUUCAGCACAGUACUCAUUCAUUUCAGCAUUACAAGCUUGAUCAGGAUAAUUAAUUUUAUUACGACGUUUCCAUCGUUUUUGUCUCAGGCCACCAUCACAGUCUUCGAUCUUGACCGCUUUAGGUGCUUCAACACAGUACUCAAUCAUGUCAGCCUUAGAUUUGUCAGCACAGUCAUCGAACAUGUCAGCCUCAGAUGUCACCACAAUCUUCAAUAAUGUCAGCUUCAGAUGUUUCAUCACAGUCUACGGUCUUGUCAGCUGUGGUUCUCCAUCUUUCACAUUUUUAUGGAGACGACUAUAUAUUGAUGUAAAUAUAUUUUCUUUUCUAAUGAGGUUUCUACUUUCUUCGUUUGUUUUUUUUGAAAUUAUUGUCUUGAUAUAUAUAUCAGUAUUUUUAGCAUUAGCUUUUUUACAUUCUUCAUAAUCAUUAUUGUCGUCUAAUAUUCUGCCUUCGUUCCUCUUCCACGAUGUUGGAGCACAGUCUUCGUUAUCUUUAUUCAUCUAAGGUGUACAGUUCUUGCAAUGUCUAUCCAAGUAAUAUCUUCAACCAAAGGAUUUAUGACACUGACUGCAAUUAUAUGGUUUUUGACAAGGACCCAAAUUAUACUCCUUCUCUCAUGUCGUUUAGCAUUCUUUCUCAAGGUAAACAUCUUGCUGCAGUAUCUACAGUGAUGUCGUUUUGAUACAGCUACAGGCAACGAAUCAGGGUACAUGUUAGAUUCUGCGACUAAUGGCAGAUGCAAACUAAGAGUUUUAAAUUAAAACCAUUACUUAAAAAGAAUUUUUUAAAUAUUUUGUCAGCGAGAGUUAAAUUAUCUCAUGCAAAAGUACUGGUUGUAAGUAGUUAUGCUUUUCAACAACAGAUGAUGCCACGUGUUGCUGCAGGUAAAUAAUAUUUAUUUCUUUUAUGCGGGAUGCGGAUGUUCACUAACGAUCGCAAAAGAAGGAUGGCUUUGCUAGACUCAAAGGAGAAGGAAGUUUGUUCAUCCAGUUAGUGUUUCUCAGAUUUCUCAGGGCAUAUUAUUAUUUGACUGAAUAAUGAUUUUUUUUAUAAUGCCACCUGAUAAAAAUAUUGCAAGUGGUGAUUUAGUAGCAGAAAUUCACUAAUUAAAUUUAAUCUUGAAUAUAAUGACAUGUCUCAUUAAGAGUAAAACUCCUUCAUGGAGAGAUAGGUUUCUCAUAAAUAACCAGAAUCCCUUUGAGAAACCACAGGAAUGAUCGCAAGCACACGGAAAAAACCAUCACAAUAUUGACAAGAAUAAUUAGGAGCACACGGAGAACACCAUCAAAAUAUUGACAACGAUAAUCGGGAGCACACAGAGAAAACCACCACACAUUUUCUUUCAUAAAUUACAAAAAAAAAUUAAUAAAAUUAAACAAAAAUUACAAAACAUACAAAAACUGAUUCUGGCUUGGACUAGAACUCUAUCUUUGCUCAAUAAUGAGAAUUACAUAAGCUAGCAGAAUCAGUUUUUUUAUAUUUUGUAAUUUUUGUUUAAUUUUUUUUUUAAUUUAUCAAAGAAAAUGUGUGGUGGUUUUCUCCGUGUGCUCCCGAUUAUCCAUGUCAAUAUUAUGAUGGUUUUCUCCAUGUGCUCCUAAUUAUUAUUGUCAAUAUUUUGAUGGUUUUUUUCCGUGUGCUUGUGAUCAUUCCUAUGGUUUCUCCAAGUGCUUCUGGUUAUUUCUGAGAAACCGAUCUCUUCAUGAAGGAGUUUUACUUUUAAUGAGACAUGUCAUUAUAUUCAAGGUUAAAUUUAAUUAGUGAAUUUCUGCUACUAAAUCACCACUUGCAAUAUUUUUAUCAGGUGGAAUUUAAAAAAAUCAUUAUUCAUUCAAAUAAUAAUAUGCCCUGAGAAAUCUGAGAAACACUAACUGGAUGAACAAACUUCCUUCUCCUUGGAGUCUAGCAAAGCCAUCCUUCUUUUGCGAUCGUUAAUGAACAUCCGCAUCCCGCAUAAAAGAAAUAAGUAUUAUUUACCUGCAGCAACACGUGGCAUCAUCUGUUGUUGAAAAGCAUAACUACUUACAACCAGUACUUUUGCAUGAGAUAAUUUAACUCUCGCUGACGAAAUAUUAAAUAAAUUCUAUUUAAGUAAUGGUUUUAAUUUAAAACUCUUAGUUUGCAUCUGCCAUUAGUCGCAGAAUCUAACAUGUACCCUGAUUCGUUGCCUGUAGCUGUAUCAAAACGACAUCACUGUAGAUACUGCAGCAAGAUGUUUACCUUGAGAAAGAAUGCUAAACGACAUGAGAGAAGGAGUAUAAUUUGGGUCCUUGUCAAAAACCAUAUAAUUGCAGUCAGUGUCAUAAAUCCUUUGGUUGAAGAUAUUACUUGGAUAGACAUUGCAAGAACUGUACAACUUAGAUGAAUAAAGAUAACGAAGACUGUGCUCCAACAUCGUGGAACAGGAACGAAGGCAGAAUAUUAGACGACAAUAAUGAUUAUGAAGAAUGUAAAAAAGCUAAUGCUAAAAAUACUGAUAUAUAUCAAGACAAUAAUUUCAAAAAAAAAAAAAAAACGAAGAAAGUAGAAACCUCAUUAGAAAUGAAAAUAUAUUUACAUCAAUAUCUAGUCAUCUCCAUGAAAAUGUGAAAGAUGGAGAACCACCUGAAGCUGACAAGACCGAAGACUGUGAUGAAACAUCUGAAGCUGACAUUAUUGAAGAUUGUGGUGAUACAUCUGAGGCUGACAUGAUCGAUGACUGUGCUGACAAAUCUAAGGCUGACAUGAAUGAGUACUGUGCUGAAGCACCUAAAUCAUGCAAGAGCGAAGACUGUGAUGGUGGCUUGAGACCAAAACGAUGGAAACGAUGUAAUAAAAUUAAUUUCCUGAUCAAGCUUGUGAUGCUGACAUAAUUGAGUACUGUGCUGAAGCACCUAAAGCAGUCAAGAGCGAAGACAGUGAUGGUGGCUUGAGAUCAAAACGAUGGAAAUGACGUAAUAAAAUUGUAACUCCCCUCGUGCCCAAAAAUAUAUUAUUUUAAAUUAAUUAAAAACACCUUGGAAACUGCUGGGCAAAAUAUUAAGAAAAUUAAAGUUAAUUACCAGAGGAGACACACGAGGCAGUGAACAAGACAAAAUUUACACUCCCUGCACUCUAGUUACUUGGGAGUUCGUGGAUCGUUAUGUAGAAGAAGGUAUAUGAUAAAUAAAUACACUAUAUAAAUAAUUUGGUCUAUAGGUUUUCCUGGUUUAUCAUUAAGAGGUUUUGUUUUAGCAUUAUUUCGACAUGAUAAUAAAGAUCUUAGUAAUUAACAAAGUUAAGGGGGAGCCCCUACAUUAUUUAAAACAAUACAUAUUACACCUUAACAAACAAAUUAAUACAUUAACAAAAUUUUUAAGUAUAGCACCAUAAUUUGAUUCUCCCAACGAUUACAUAUAUAUAAGUUUCCUUGAUUUUACAGGUUCUUGAGGAUUACGUUCUUAAAGCACUGCUCGCUGGUAUCUUUUUAAUGAAUUUAGUUCCUUCCAUGCAAGCGGAAAAUAUAUAUAGCUCAUACCACCCGGGUCUUCCCAGGAUGACGUCGGACCGAGAGAAAAACUCUUCUAAAUGGGGAAAUCAGACGGAGGUCCCGAAGAUCAUGCGGAGAGCAAUUUCUCUCCCCAGAAACUUGGACCCUGUCUGAAACACAAGUCAAAUUCAAAUAAAUUAGACCUGCUUCCAGACAGUCAUACACAUUCGGCGCGAAAGGCCAACAAAUGGGAAUAUGGGGAGGGGGGAAAAACGGAUUACUCACCAAACAGUGUGUGGAAACAGGGCCUCCGAGGUGUCUCGCGCCGACAUCAGGAUGACGCGCACCGAGAAAUCGCGGAUGUGCGUUAGGAAAACAAAUUUUUAAAGAAUAAAAAAAAUAAAAAUUUUAACUACACAUGACUUUUUCUAAAAACUACAUUUGCCUGGCUACUGUACAAAUGGUAUCACAUCGCUUCAGCAACUGACUACAUCUUUUAUGCAACCGAAAAUCGCCGUUCCCGCGAAAAUCCUCUUAGUGCAGAGGACGCCGAGAACACGUGGUCAGCAGCCGAGGUCAGAUUACUGAGUCCUGGCGAUGACGGUCAUAGCUACUAAUGAAAUCGGGUGGUCGGCCCUAGGAAAAAAGAAGGGGUAGGUUGGGCUCAUGGCCGCAAACAUGCGAAGGAGUCCGAGGCGGUCGUGACAAGAACACAGACAUGCGCACUCUCUACUGGCAAGUACAGAAGGCAACAAACAAUCGACUUCUACUAGCCGCGAGAAGAAUCAUAGUGCCUUAUGGCGCCGCGGUGCUGCUUUCUAGCGGUGUAAAGGGGAACUAAUUGAGGUGGUGAGUUGACUUGCCACCAGGUGUCACGAGGGUGUGCUUUACAUGCUGGCGACCAGGCCAGCGGUUACUUUUUCUGCCGCUAGAUGUCGUGGACGUCUCUGUAAGACCAGGGAGAAAGUCCUUGAAUUAGCCCAUCGUCUUGGCUAAGUUCACGACAGGUCACUGCUCCCGACUUGAUUUCUCAGAACAAAUGUGAGGUAGAGUGAGAGGAAGGGGGGACAGAAAUAGCCACUAAGGUGGGAACACAGGUCCACUGGAGACUCAUUCGUGACGAGACUUGCUAUUCUCAGCAGGCCUCUAAGAAAUAGCAGCUUGCAGCCCAGAAGCCACUCUAUGCAAUUUUUGUCAUGAAGAGAAAUAAAAUUACAAACUCGGGACGUGACUGCAGGCGAGAGAAAUUUCAACUGGGCUGCCCACGUCCACAUUUGACAGCAAAAUAUCAGAUAGGCCCCCUGGGAAAGGGGUCUUCGGUCCACUGGCACAAAGUUUAAACACGUGGCGUACACCGGCCUAACAAAGAGUAAAUCACCCCCUUAACAACCAGAUAAAUUAAAAAAAAUAAGAUUUCCAAAAAAAGUUUAAAAUUAUAGAAAAAUAAAGAAAGGUGAGGAAAUGCCUAAUUUCCGGCACAAAAUAAAUUAUCCUAAUCAAGCUUGUGAUAAUCACUGGUUCGAUGACGAAAGUGACCUUGUGGUUGGUGUUGAAACAGAAGACACCAGGGAUAAUCAUUUUUAUUAUAAACAUACAAGGAAGAUGAACGUAGCAGAGAGAUUGAUUAUACCUCAUGGGAAGAUCCUAACAUAUUGGUUGACAGGCUAAGGCUUCUACAUGGUUCGCUUUGUGCAGGAAACUAUUCGAGCAUCAAAGAAAUAUCCCUCAUACUUAAAGAACUGAGGGAAGCUAGCUACAUAAAAUAAUGGUUUCCAUUAAUUGCAUGUGUAUAAACUUGAAGAAAAAUUAAGAUUAUUUAAAAAUGUACUUUAUCAUUUCUCGAAAGCUCACCUAAAUAAAUUUAUAACUAAAAGGUGUAAAAAAGUCACCACUGACAUCCAAAAUGUAUAUUAAUAAAGUCAUGCAUGUAAUCAUGUCAAGUUCGAUAAAAAAAGUAAUUGAAAUCAGUUGGAGUAUUUGGAGCUGUUAGAGCUGUUGGAGCAUUUGUAGCAUUUGGAGAAUUUGGAGCAUUUGGAGCUGUUGGAGCAUUUGGAGCAUUUGGAGCAUUUGGAGCUGUUGGAGCAUUUGGAGCAUUUGGUGCAUUUGGAGCCUUUGUAGCAUUUGAAGCUGUUGGAGCAUUUGGAGCAUUUGGAGCCUCUGGAGCUGUUGGAUUUGUUAGAGCAUUUGGAGGAGUUGGAGCUGUUGGAGCUAAGAAUUAGUCGUUUCAUGUCUAUGCAGGGCUAAAUGUUUAUAAGAUUGCUGGCUUUCGCAAGUCAUCCUUUAGUAGGAUAGAAAUUAUGUAAUAAAUAUUAUGUUUGUAAAAGAACUUGCGGUGUUUUAUUUCUCGAAGCUGACAUUUUUCUGGUAUUUAAAUUUAAUUUAUUUUCAGCUUCGUUCAUAGAUUGAAGAAAGUUUCGAUUCAAUAUGUAAAAUAAUGUGUGAUUUUUUCGGUGAAUUUUGGAAUUUUUCCCGAACUAAUAAGUCAAUAAAAACAAAUAUCUAAAAUGGCGCUCGUAAUGGUUUAAAGGAUGAUGGUAAUAAAUGAUUUUAAGUAUCUUUUAGGUCUUUGAUAAUAAUAUAUUAUAAUAAUUAUUUUUUCCAUAAAAUUAUUUUUUUGCAUCAUCCAAGGAUCUAACCAAGAACAGGAAUUGAUAUAAUCAAUCAUUACUUUAAUGAGUGAAUUUUUUGAUGAAUUUUGUAAUUUUAUCCAGAAUUUCUAGAUAAAUAAUUAUACGAUUCCAAGAUGGCGCCCAAAUUUCAAGAUGGCAGGCACUUCAGUAAUAAUAAAUGAUUACUGCACUCUAGCGGGUAAAACUUAGACAAGUAUGAUGGUAAUGUACUCUAUAAGACGAGUACACGCACAAGAUGGUGUCCUCCAGCAGACGAAAACAAGAUGGUGGCAAUGACCUCUAGCAUAUUGUAGCUCCUGGUAGCAUGUACUGAACGAGAAAUGGCGGAUCCAUGAUGGUCGUCAAGGUAAAAUCAUAUUUCAAGGUCAAAGUAAAAUUUCACUGUUAAGGUCAAAUUUCAAGGUCAAAGUCAAAGUUCAAUGCCAACAGUUGAGGACAAAGUUAUGGUGAACAGAAUAUUAUACUAAUAUGGUAUCAGCACACUCUAGCAGACGAAAACAAUAUGGUGGUCUCCAGCGGAUGAAGACAAGAUGGCGGACAUGUCCUCAUACCAGAUGACGAUAUAUAUACCUUGCUAUUGGUGGCGGAGAUCAGUCUGUAGGUGGCUUCGUGGAGGAAGGAUCUGUUUUUUUUUUGCUCUAAUAGUUUCGAAUCAAGGACAGGAAUCGAACUAAUUAAUCAGUAUUCUAAUAAGUAAUUUUUUUUUCGAAUCUCUAGCAUUUAAAUUAUGUAUUUUCAAGAUAGUGACCGUAACGAAAAUUACAACGGUGUUUUUUUAAGAUUUUUAUUAUUUAAUUUGAUUGAUUAAUUUUUAAUGAUUUUUAAAUUUUUUCCCGAUUUUCUAACAAAACAAUUACAGAUAUUCAAGAUUGUGACCGUAACGAUACAUGUUACAGUUACGUCUUAAUACAUGAUGGUGGUUCUGUCUCGAACAGGUGGUGCUAUUAUUACUUCAAAUCAAAAAAAUUACAAGUCCGAAUAUGCAUGUUAUUUUUAUAUAUACCUUAUUUUAUUCUCAGUUUGGUAAAUGUCUCGAUGGCCUUGCGGUUAAAAGCGUAUGUUUUCCAAUCUAGAGAUCAGAGCUGCAAUGGUUCGAAUCACAGCGCUUCCGAUGUAUUCUGUUAAAAAAUUUAAAUUUAAUAUGUCGAUAAGGACCAUAAUAGCUAUGGUAGGUAAUGGAACAUCGACCUUAUGUGAUGAAUCAGAGCGACGCUGGCGCUCUCUAUGUAUAAAAAGCAGAAAUAAUUUCCUUGGUAUCCAAGAUGGUGACCUCCAGAAGAACAAAAAAUAAAUAAAAUAAAGAGCUAGGCUGGCGCUCUCUAGGAACAAACAGCAGAAACAAAGUCAACGGUAUCCAAGAUGGCAGCCUCCAGAAGAACAAAAAAAUCAAGAGCGUUGCUGGCGCUAUCUAGGAACAAAGAACAGAAACAAAGUCGACGGCAUCCAAGAUGGCGGCCCCCAGUGAAACAGAAAAAUUCAAUAUGGCGGUCAUGACGAAAAUUUCAUCAUAAUGAGUGGGGCGCUCUAUUUAAAUAUGGCGGAUCCAAGAUGGCAAAAAAAAAAAAAGAAGAUUUAGGUCGUUGAAACCGUAGUCGUUUAUUCCUAGAUGUCUAAAAAUUGUAACGAUCGUAAACGCUGAAUUUUUUUUACAUAGAAUGUAAAGUAUUUCCCCAGUAUAUAACAUUAUUUUUUUAAACGUUUUCUUUUACUGUAAGUUCUCACAUGCUCUGUGGUUUUUAAAUAAAAUAGUUUGACUCAAAGUUUUUUGUCCUAAAGUCAUUUGUCCUAACUUGGUUUUUCAUAAUGUCGUUUGUCCUAAAAUCAUUUGUCCUAAAAGUCGUUUGUCCUAAAGUCGUUUGUCCUAAAGUCGUUUGUCCUAAUGUCGUUUGUCCUAAAGUCGUUUGUCCUAAUGUCGUUUGUCCUAAAGUCGUUUAUCCUAAUGUCGUUUGUCCUAAAGUCGUUUGUCCUAAUGUCGUUUGUCCUAAAGUCGUUUGUCCUAAAACUCAGAGUAAGGAUUUAUCGAUACUGGAACCGUCGUUUGUCCUAAAAGUCGUUUGUCCUAAAGUCGUUUGUCCUAAAGUCGUUUGUCCUAAUGUCGUUUGUCCUAAAGUCGUUUGUCCUAAAACUCAGAGUAAAAAUAUUUUGAAGCUGUUCCGUCGUUUGUCCUAAAAUUCGUUUGUCCUAAAGUCGUUUGUCCUAAAGUCGUUUGUCCUAACGUCGUUUGUCCUAAAGUCGUUUGUCCUAAUUUUUAGGACAAACGAAAUUAGGAUAAACGCUUUAGGACAAACGAUUUUAGGACAAACGCCGCACCCCCAAUCGGUCUUGUUUUCUGUGAAUUUUUAUCUUAAUAUUUUUAUAUAUAUUUUGAUUUUCAGAAUUUUUUCUAUGACAAAUAGUGCAAAACUGCAUUUGUAUUUCCAAAAAGCUGCAUUAAAUUAUAGACAGUGCUUUUCACUAUGACUAUUUGAGUUUACCAAAUAUUUUCCUGGGUAGUUUCACUUUCAUAAAGUUUCAUUUGAAACACCAAUAUGUGUGUCUCCUGAUGUUUACUAAAGUGUAUAUAUAUAUGGGUUUAUGUUGCUACAAGUGGGUCCACCAUCUUUGUGUUACAUUUCCGUUUAUCGACUUCCGUUCCGUUUUCAUGAAAUUACUUCUACCAAAUGCAAUAUUCCGACGGCAAAGAUGUUUACUCAUAAAAAAAGUUCAUACAUCUAGUAAUAUUUGAACUGAUAUUUAGAUUAUAAUAUAAAAACUAGCCGCUACUAUCCAGCAACCAAAGCUAUGUUGUAGUCUUUGUGCUCUUUUAUGUCAAAUGAUAGUAACUCCUGUGAAUAUGCAUUUAUUAGAUAUGUUUAUUUAAAAUGGUGCAUUUUACUCCGCAUGAUGGGUGAGCAUGUGCAUAUUGGUUAAAGGUUUACAGUUCUACAGUACAUGUGCGCAUGAAGAUCCUACGUGGGUUUUUAAUGUUGUUUAUGGUUUGAGUUCAAAAUAUUUUUCAGUCACCUUUGAUAUUCGCAUCCAAUCUAAGUGAUUUUCAGAGUAAAUUGUCAUGAAGUGCAAUAUUUUGAAUCAUCGCUAAACACUUGAGUUUUAUCACCUUGCGUAUAUUGCUGAAAGGACUUUUUGUUUUAACAUGUAUUGAUUAUAAAGGUACAACAUUCGUACCAUUGAUAUAUAAUUUGUCUAGGUCAGUGCACGUACAAAAUUACAGAAAUAUGCGUGAAAUUGGUUUAUAAUUGCAUGGUCAGUACUAUGAUGCAAUUAAAGUGAAGGCAAGGUUGACAUUUCCUAGUUUGGUUUUAUACUAUUUUUGAUUUUUAAAUUUAAUCAUCAAUUUUUUAUUUAAAAUUUUUUUGUGAAAAGUUAAAAUUUUAGUCAUGUUUUAUGAUAUUUUUCCUAAAUUUGUAUGAAUGGAACUUGUAAUAAAAUUAAAAUUUUGAUUAUUUUUUUUGUUGAAUUUGGUACAGAAAAACUUACCCACUGUUUGUAUUUAUAAAGCAACUCUAUUUGUCUUUAAGUGUGUACUUAUUUAGGAUAAGUAACACAUGAAUACACUGAAUAAAUGUUUUAAAUUACCUAAGAAAUUAAAUAUGUGUUAAGAAUAAAUUAAAUCUAUAUAAUUUUACAAGAUAAUUUUUUAGAUCAUGAAUGGAUAAAAUUUAAAAUAACUGUACAAACAACUAAUAUAUUAAGUUGCAAAUAAACAUUAAGCGUUUCUCUCAUUCAUUAUUUCGAACUGUUCUAUGAAAUGUUGGAUAUGUCCUGUAGGUCUAUCUCACAUAUGAUGUGUUAAAUUGGUAGCAGAACAAACUAGCGAACUAGGGAACUGGAACACCCAAGACAGAUUGAGAGAUCAAUUUGUUAAUCUUCAAAAUUACGGAUUCGUGAUUUGAACAGAAAGUGUUUGUAAGGCUGUUUGAGACAGUUUUAAAACUUUUAUCUUUGCUGUCGUGGAGCACAGCGUACAGAUUUAGAUUGACAUUGUUUUGACUGACGUGAUACAAUGUUUAGAAUAUUGAUGACCUAAACAAGUUUUAGCAGUGAUUCACGGGGCAAAAUUUUAGAAGUUUAUUUUCUUACUUUAGGUUUUAAGAUAUUUUUCAAGAGUCGGAUAUAUGUCUAGUGAGAGCAAUGGCCCGCAGGUUGACGAAAGCAGCAGCAGUAGUGGGAGGUUUACAAACACCCUGACUCUUCUUGGAAGAGGGGACAUUGCCGGGACCACAGCUGCAGACUAGUUCCAGCCCCGGCCACUGAGGGCUGCCCAGUGCCUGGCCUGUGGGGAUACACUCCCAGCCAGGCGGGAGAGGGUAGUGGGAAUGGUUUUAGGAAUUUUAUAUUGGUGGUGACUUUUCAUCAAACUUGGAAUAAAACUUUAAAUUUAAAAAAAAAAAUCAUAACUAUGCAAUCAAACAAACAUAAAUUUUCUUUUUAUUUAUGUAUAUACAAAUAUUCACUUUAAACUAUUCAAACAUUUCAAAUAUUUAAAUAGGUUUUAUGUUUAUUGUUACUAAAAAAUAAAUUUUAUAUACUCUACCUAGUGUAAAAUAACCAAACCAACAGUCUGGACUGUGUAUAUGGUGUUAUUUUAAUAACACUUACGUAAACAUUAACAAUUAAUAAUACAAUAUUUUUUGGCUACGGUGUUAAAUUAUAAUGAGUCACAUAAGAAAAUGUAAAAAUUUAUAUACAAUUGGACGGAUUCUGAACCUAAGUAGCCUAGGUACUUCUGAUCAUCAAACUCAUAAUGCCACAUUAGAAAACACAUUGUUUGAAACUUGUUGUAAAAUAUUGUGUUAUUAAUGCAGUAAUGCUUAAAUUAUAACAUAUUUAAGUUGCUAUUAUUUUUUGAUGGCUAUUAAAAUUUACAAAAAGUAUAUGGUCUUUUAUUCAAAAUAAUAUUUAUGAUGAUGGUGUCAUUGUAAUUAAAAUCAAUUAGCUUUCAAACAGAAAAUGUUUUAAAAUAUUGAAUUAUGCCUUAUAAAAAAAAAAUUUGGUUUUGUGUACAUUGUAAAGUUAUUUAAUGCAGUAAAUUGAAAGGGGUGAUUAGAUUUAUUUGUACGCAAGUGCAUAUUCAAAUGAUUUGUGUGGAUGUCUAAAGAAUCAACUUAAAUAUACUACUUAACCUGUAGCUCUACCUUUGUUUUAAUUAAGGAUGGAAUAUUCAUAGCACAGAAUCAGAGAUGAUUACUCUCAGCAACAAAAUCAAAAACCAAAAGAAAAUUUACAAAUUAUUAUUCAAUGGAAUGAUAAGCAACAGGGAAGGAUAUAAUACUGAUGGCCUCUGGAAACAAUAGUGUGUGCUCAUUCCAAAAUUCUGCCCCCGAAAUGUACGAUCAGCAAGAAAUAUGUACUCGGAGGCACAAUUUAACAGAAAUACAGCCAACUCUGAAAAAAAUUUCAAAAGACGUUUCCAGAGGAUGGAGAAAAAAAGACCUCCGUCAACGAAGACUGCUGAAUACCAUUGCCCCGAAGUUAAACUUCCUUACGUUAUAUACUGGUACCUACUCAUAAAACAAGUCAAUAAUAUGGGCAGUUUUUCUCAUUUUUAUGUACUAUUAUUUUCAAGUCCAGUAGAAGAUUAUAGCAAGCCACAAUUGUCCCUGGCUAAAAAACGACCAUUUCUUCACAUACAAAGACAAACACUUGAGAAUAUUAGAAUAUGUGAGUAGUGGGGUAGUAUGUUGUGCAGUUUAUUAUUAUUAAUAUUGAAGAUAAAAUUUCGAAAACAUUAAAUAUAUGAGUUUUAAAUGCACUUUUAAACUUUUUCGUAUCGAAAAAAUACAACCGCCGGGCCACUGAGAUGGCAUGACUUCUCGGCCCAGCUCGCGAUCCACAACUGCUUACGAAACAACACCCAUUACAAAUCUUACAGAUAAAUUCAUUUAGCUGGGGACUUCCCUGAAAUGCUUAUUUCCUUCUUACUACAACACUUACUCUUGCACUACUUUUCAGUGAUUCCCCUGGUUCUCUUACACAUCUCUGUCUCUUUCUAGCCUAAAACACAAUCUGGUAUUCUCCAGUCCGAUAUCCUUUACAUGGUCCAGGCGAACGUCUGUCUCUUUUACACUGGAUGAGAUAAAUUAUUGUUUAAUCAUUUCGGGGUCGACAUAGUCUGGCCACACGUCUUAAUUUUCUUCUCUCAACGCAAUACUCACUGUUUUAACAGGACUAUAACACACUUAACAUAAAAUUAUUAUUAUAAAAAGCACAUUCAGAUGCAAUAAAAUACGGAAUGUUACACUUAAAUAAAUAUUACCCUAACCAACAUAGUAAAACUAGUAAAAUUAUAGUCAAAUGGCUUUUCUAAAUAAAAUUAUUAAUUACCAAAAUUACUUACUAAAUAUUUGACACAAUAUUAGUGUUAAAAAUUAGCCACUGUGACCUUGCAGCAGAUCUGCAGUACUGAGAAAACCCUAUAUUUAUUCCUGUAACAAAUCCUCAUAAAAGCUGGGAAGGGCAGGGUCUUGUGUCUUACAAGACAAGUUAGCUGCAUGCAACACACCAACUGACAUGUUUGUAAAGGGUUUACCAGUUUAAUAUUGACGUCGGCCGGGGCUACGCCCUCCCUAAGCCCGAUGUGCCUCACGCCGUCACCACCCCUCUCCUCCCACCACCACCCUCUAUUCAAACCUCCUGCUCGUGCGUGCGUGUGUGCGUGUGUUUCUAGCCCGGCAAGAUGGCGCCUAGAAGCAGUGCGGCGACCCCCUAAAGUGUUAAGUUUUAAUGUGAAUUGUAAACCCUUUUUCAUUCAUUUUUUUGCCCCAGUGUUUUGUUGCAGUUUACUCGUGUAUUUCUUUAAUUUAAAUAUUACGUUACUUAAAAAACUACAGACGUUGCCCGGGCGGACCCGAAUAGGCACGGACUUGGACGAGGGUAGGAAUGUUUUUAUAUAAAUUCUCAAUAACUACGUAAAUAUUAAUGUACUUUAAAUUGCCAGUAGUUUUUAUAUAUUUUUUAAUGUUAAUCUAUGAUUUACUUAACUUUCGCCGGGGCACGGAAUCGCAGAAUGUAAUAACGGUAAUUGUGUUGGCGCGGAGGCGCCAUGUUAGUCGAGACGAGCCAGCUAUCGCCCAGUCUUCCGCCAUCAACGACUGAGAGCAGACGCGUCAGCACUCCGGGGACCUCACCGCUUGUAUUCUCUGUUAAGUAAUUCUGUUAACUUUAAUUUCAUCUCAAUCGCUUUCUCUUAGUCCUCGGAGCAGCUCUCGGUCGGGGGACUGUUUUAUUAAUUAAUUUACGACCAGUCUCGGUCUUUUAUCUUGUACAACGUAAUUCAAUAUGUGACCACGUGGUGGCGCAUCACCUAUAGACCGAUUCGUGCCGCGGGUAUUUUUGUACUGUUUCAACCGUGUACGUGUGUGAGCGGAAUUAGCGGAAUAAAUCAGACAUGCGAAUUUAAUGUAUUAUUCUUUUAUUUUCUAUCUGUGUGACCACGUGGAGAGUGACGGCGUGUGGGACGCCUGAGAGCCCACUUCGUAGGGAAAAGCGUGCCCGACGCUGAGAGCGGGCAGGAAUUAGGGCUAGACGUUUUCAAGGGGGAAUAUCACGUCUCACAUGGGCGACGUCACGCCCUGAGUUAGGAGUCUCACCGGGUCCACGUGCCGUACCACGUGGUGGCGCCCACUAACAAUCCACCAUAAAGCCGACCGAUCGAACCCCCCCGCGACAAUAUCAAUCAAUGAUGAAAUAAAUUCCUCACUGACGUAAAUUUAAUAAUGUUUUACGUAAACUAUCAUCCUGUAAAGAUUACUGGGGUUCGAAGUAACAAAUUCCACUAAGCGGAUGGGUUUCGCGAAGGAGAAGGAUAGGAAUUUGCCAGACCUUACUAUAUGACUGUGGCUGACAUAGAGAAAUGACACAAACUCAUUGUUAGUGUGUCUGUGUCAUCAAUGGUAUAAUUUUCUAUAAUAAAACUGAAUUUAUUCUUUUUUCACUUUCUUAGGGAUGGAAAUUCAUAAUUAUAUAUAGACUAUGUCACUCUCCACCCAUAAACUAUCUAUAAGCUAAAAAUCAUUUAGGUCCAUUGCUCCUUUGCUCCGUGCUAGAAGAACAAACAGACAAACACACUUUUGCUUUUAUAAUAUUACAAGGGAUUAUCACCCCAAUGGAAUACCUAACAGACUAACUUACAUUUGCAUACAGUGUGUUGUUUUAAUCACGGUAUAUGUUAUGCCACAUUACACGUUGUGUUGCAUGUGUCCCUUCUGCAUGAAUAAAAUAAGUGAUUAAUGGGUGGGAUGUACAUCUCAUUGUUAAACCAAUGGAAAUAUGUGCACUUACCUGUAUUAAUAGUGAAUUGUAUUGUACUUGUGAAAGUACUUUUUGUACAACGAGUGUACAUUUCCUAACAUAUAAGUUUUGGUAUCAUUACAUUACCUGCUUUUGUUACUUUAGGCGUGAAAAUAAUUUGUUUUUUGAUUUCCUCUUAAGUAAAAGUCAACAAAAAAAAUUACUUGGAAUAUUAUUAUGACAUAACUGUCUGAAUAAUGGUUUAGGACUUGAAAGAUUGAGUUAAAAAUAAACGAUCACUACACUCCAACCCGAGCCCAGUUCAAUAUAAAGUUCUUGCAGCACCCAGGGUAUAAGUACACUUCUACAGGUAUUAUUGUAACUGAAAUGUCUUUUUAAUAACAGUAGAGAGAACAGUAGUAAGAUAACGGAAUAGAACAGAAUAGAAUUUUUUUUUGUGUAUUUAAUUCAGAAAUAUGGCUGCAUAUGUUAUAUUCAAUAUUUUAUUCUAUCAUAAAUUUAAAAUAAGUGCUUGUAUGUUUUUAUUAAAAGUUAUGUAAUUCGUGUUAGCAAAAAUACCUUAUUCAAAUGGUUGGUGCAAAAUAUUUUUAGCUGCUAAUUUAGUAUGCCAUGUGCUGAGAUUGUUAGCAUACCUACUUGUUGUGAAGGAUGUAAGCUCCUGACAAGCACACACUAGCUGUUAAACUAUCAGUUUACCACUCAAAAUGUAUGAAGUAUUUCAUAUGAAAUACAGCAGGAAAACCUCUCUGACCAAAUGCCCAGCAGAAAGUAAUGUGUUCUUUUCCUGGCCUUGUGACAUGUAAAUGUCAUUCUUCUGAGGCCACUACUGCUAUUUGUGAUGCCUUUUAUUUCUUCCAGGCAGCGAAUGAAGACUUGAUGGUGAAGCAGGAGCCCAGUGAGAUAGUUUUCCCUCUAAUCAAAGAGGAGUCGGUGAAUGAACUGCCGGCAGAUGGAGACGUCUGUGUGAAGCAGGAGCCGAGCGAGCUGGGUUUCCCGCCAAUCAAGGAGGAGUUGGAUGAACCACCGGCAGAUGGAGACGUCUGUGCGAAGCAGGAGCCGAGCGAGCUGGGUUUCCCGCCAAUCAAGGAGGAGUUGGAUGAACCAUGUGAAGACAGCUGGCAGCCAGAACCCGGCAGUUCCUCUGCCAGCCAGGACUACACUCUGUGCAAGCAACAAGUGAAGGAGGAGAUAACUAUAGAAGAGCACCCUAUAGCUGCAGCCACAGCAGCUGUAUGGAAUGAACCACACAGCUGUGUGAAUUACCAUGGCAACACUUCAUCAGGAAGCAUGGGCCACAGAUCCCAAGACUCACCAGACACCUGCAUCUUAAUCAAGCCAGAAGUGACUAAUACUGACCCCGUGAAAUCAUCAAGCCACACAAACUGUCACCCUGAAUCCACAGAAAAUUAUUGUGUUAGCAAUUUUAUACCGACACAGCAGUGCACUAAUACACACACAAGCCAACAACUUUUCUCAUGUCAAAUAUGUUCUGCUAAGUUUAGCAAGUCUUCUCAUCUCAAGCAGCACUCUCUUACACACACUAGAGAAAAACCUUUCUCUUGUACUGUAUGUACUGCUAGGUUUAGCCAGGCUAUACAUCUGAAGCAGCACUCUCUUACACACACUGGAGAAAAACCUUUCUCUUGUACUGUAUGUACUGCUAAGUUUAGCAAAGCUAGUAAUCUGAAGCAGCACUCUCUUACACACACUGGAGAAAAACCUUUCUCUUGUACUGUAUGUACUGCUAGGUUUAGCCGGGCUAGUCAGCUGAAGCGGCACUCUCUUACACACACUGGAGAAAAACCUUUCUCUUGUACUGUAUGUACUGCUAGGUUUAGCCAGGCUAGUCAGCUGAAGCGGCACUAUCACACACACACUGGAGAAAAACCUUUCUCUUGUCCUGUAUGUACUUCUAAGUUUAGCAAAGCUAGUAAUCUGAAGCAGCACUCUCUUACACACACUGGAGAAAAACCUUUCUCUUGUACUGUAUGUACUGCUAAGUUUAGCCAGGCUAGUCAGCUGAAGCGGCACUCUCUUACACACACUGGAGAAAAACCUUUCUCUUGUACUGUAUGUACUGCUAAGUUUAGCCAGGCUAGUCAGCUGAAGCGGCACUCUCUUACACACACUGGAGAAAAACCUUUCUCUUGUACUGUAUGUACUGCUAAGUUUAGCCAAUCUAGUUCUCUGAAGCAGCACUAUCACACACACACUGGAGAAAAACCUUUCUCUUGUCCUGUAUGUACUGCUAAGUUUAGCAAAGCUAGUAAUCUGAAGCAGCACUCUCUUACACACACUGGAGAAAAACCUUUCUCUUGUACUGUAUGUACUGCUAGGUUUAGCCAGGCUAUACAUCUGAAGCAGCACUCUUUUACACACACUGGAGAAAAACCUUUGUCUUGUACUGUAUGUACUGCUAAGUUUAGCACGUCGAGAUAUUUGACGCGGCACUCUCUUACACACAAAUGAGAAAAUAUUUUCUCGUGUUGAGUAUUUCUGCUAAAUUUAGCCAACAUUUUGGUCUGAAGAGACAUAUUCCUACAUUCAUUGGAGAAAAACCUUUAAAAAAAAAUAUUUUUUUUUAUAAUUUUUUAUUUAUUUAUAUUUUAUAAUCUCAUGUUAUACAUGCACUUUCUAUAAGGGAUGUACCCAUUCGAAUCCUGAUUAACUGUAAUCGCCCGAUAAUAGAGAAUCGGUAAUUAAUCUUAAUCUGUAAUCUUUCAACUGAUUAUUUAGACAAAAUUGUCAACAUUUCUCAUUAUAUUUAUCAUAGUUAUCUUUGAACAUUAUAAGAAAAACAUGCCAAUGAUGCUAAUAUAUUCUUUUAACAGUAAAUAUGAAAUUCUUUUAAGUUUAAUUCAUGAUACACCGUUCAGACUGUAGGCCUACACACACGCUGAAAAUUUCAGAAACGUCUUCUAAUAAAUUAAAUAUACUCUUAUUUUAUUCAAUGGACGAUUUUCUUCUAGCAUGUAUGGCUACUAUUUCCAUUAUUUUUAGCUCCAUGCAUCAAACAACUGCUUUGAGUGCCGCUUGCAAUAAAAUACAACACAUAAAACAGUAUAAAACACAAUAAUAUUAUUUGAACAGCAUCAUCACAAGAUCUUCAUUUUACGUUCAGGUUACGCACGUCAUGUGAUGAAUAGGGCCAUGAUUAUAUGGUGAAUCGCGAAAUCGCAAAAUUUUCCGCAAAUUUAUUUGGAAAAUGCAAGAAAGCGAUUUUUAAGAAAAACCGCUAAAUAACUUCGUAAUUACACAAUACAAGUCUCAUAUAUUUUAAUGUGAAAAGUCAUGAAGCGAAAACUACAUACACUAGAACCCUGAUUUUACGUAUGCUCACGGUUCCACGGAUUGUGUGCUGACCCGCCUCGCUAGCCGGCCGCCGGCGGCACGCAGACGGGCGACCGCUCACUCACUCGCCUGCCCGCCGCGCCGCCUGCCUUCCCUUCCCAUCCCAGCGCUGGGCUACCGUCUGUCGCGUAGCAAACAUUAAAGAUUAUUUAAUGUUUGCUACGCGACAGGAUACCACGUUAUUUAAAUCUGCCUGCCUUAUACAAACUGUUAUUUCUACGAUUGUGUGAAUAGUCACAUCUUCCAGUUGUGAACAGUGUGGAAUAUUAAUGCUAAUAGCAACAGAAGCUUGAUAGUCAAGACUUGGCCGGGUCCUGGUUGAUAAGCUGGAAGAAUUUCCUGCCUUGCAUUACUAAGUGCUUCCUCUAAUCAGCAUUAGGGCGCCGUCUGGUCAGCGUUAGUGAAGCGGGAUGAUAAGAGCGACGCUCAAUGGUAGUUCUAGCGCGGUAAAACCUCUAAGUGCAAGGCUCUGAACUGGCGCGCAGUCAUCUCGUUCCCGUCAGAUGACUGUGAAAUUUGAGCGGUGACCGUAACGUUAUAUGGCGGAAAAAUAAAGAUAAAGGUGUAAUGCAUUUCCCUCUGAUACAUUUCAAGAAAUUUGUAACUGGUUCUUUACACCUAAAACUUCGAAAACAUGCCUUUUAGCCAUUUUAUCUCCUCUAAAUCCUCUUGAUCCAAUAUCAAAAGAACCAGUUGGGCAUUAACAAAUUCUUAAAUGCUUUUCGUAAACAGACUCCAGUCGGAUAUCUAGUGCAAUUUGGAAAUCGCGUAGGUUUUGCGUGGCUGUGCGCGGCACACGACUGUAGUUGCCAUGCGUCACGCACCGAGAAUGUUGUCCGUCAGGAAGGAAGAGUAUAGUUCAUUUGCGGUAAAAAUGAAUACUUUUACGGCCCUGCUAAAUUUUUCCAUUAAAGAAAUUUUGAAGUUUCAGUGAUUUUCCAGCAGAAAUAAUGUUGUGUAACUAACAAACAAAUUGUAUCCAAACAAUUAACGGUAAAUGGCUGUCACGGGGCCCCAAAUUUUUUUUUCAUUUUACCAGAAAUGGACUAUACAAACCUGGCUUUCGUCGACGCAGUUUGGAGAAGGGGAGGAAGGAUGUUGACAGUUUCACAUGCCAAAGGACGUUGAGGGAGGGGGGGGGGGGGAGAGAGACACGAUGGUUUGUAUGCCUGGGAGGGAUGAACCUUCAAGUCUGGGCAAGGGAAGGAGAGGUAAGCCGUAUGACGUCAUGCAUCCACGCCUGUGCUGCCGCCAGCCUGUCUAGACGAGAUUCCCGCGCUCCCACACAUGAACCACAUCGACGUGAUGGAGAUUUUGUGCAGGGUGUCUACUGACCCUGGAAAACCUGGAAAUAUCAGGGAAUUUUGUAAUCAGGGAAAAAUCAGGGAAUUUUUUUAAAAAUCAGGGAAUUUUUGUUUGGUAGGUUGUAGUUGGCAAUACGUUUUUUGUUUAUUGAUCAGCUUGCAUUGACGUGGCAUCAUGUGUAUCCCCUCCCAUUUUUAUUUUUGAAUGGCAAAUAACGAACAGUUCCCACGUCCAUUUUCUUUUAUUUACCAUCGGAUUCGGAAGUGGCAUCAAAUCACGUGAUACAAACUGGUUCAAGAUGGUCUGUUAUCCUGCUGACGUGACGUGCUGCAGCAUGUGCUUCCCACGUUCAGAUUAUACCGACAGGUGCAUUUAAUUUUAAGUAUCUAUGGAUGCCCUCAACGUAAACUGGACAUUUUUGUUAGCGUUGAAAAUUCAUAUCACAGACACUUUUGGUGAAGAUUCACCAUCGUUGCCAUAAAUUGGUAGCUGUGGGCUUCAUACGGUCCAUGGUGCUUUCAAAACUGGAAUUUCUGUUACACAAUGGGACGUUUUUAGUUUUUUGAGGCACAGUUACUAUUUGUUUAAGCACAUAUCUGCAAGGAGGGCAGAUUACAUUAGAAUAACUGGAUCAGAGCUUUUUCCCAAGAAAUUUUGUGCAAUCAGAUGGAAUACUGCAGUUGCUGAGCGUGCCAUGAAAACGUUACCCCACCUAAAGAAAUUUGUUAGUGAAGUUUCUAUUUCAUCUCUCUCUUUCAGUGUAGUGAAAUGGCUCUUGAAGAUAAUCUUCUAAAAGUAAAAUUGACAUUCUCCCAUUUUUUGGCAUCAGAGCUGGAAUUUGUUUCUCACAAUGUUCCAAAGUGAAGCACCCAUGGCACCUUUUCUCUAUGAUUCACUGGUUUUAUUAGCUUUGGCAGGAAAAUUUUGAAACCAGAAGUACUGAAGAGCUUUAGGGAGAAACGCAAUGUAUCUCGAUUGGAUGUAGAUAACCAGGAAAAUCUAUUGACUGCUAACAAUAUCAAGUUGGGUUAUGCAGUACGCCAUGCCAUCAAGAAAGAGAAAGUACCAGAAAAGUCUGUCCUGUUACAGAAAAAUGAUAGGACUUGUCUAAAGGUUAUGGUAAAACAACUUCAAGACAAAAGUCCCCUGAAGUACAAUCUUACCAAGGGAAUUUCCUGCUUAUGUCCGUCUGUGGCUUUAAAUUUGGGUGUGAGGAAACAGCGUGUAAAGUACAGUUUAGAAUGUUGUCUUCAAAACAGGUGGCUAUCAGGACAAGAAGCUGAUAACAUUGAGUGAUCAUAUCAGUUGGUAUGUUCCUUGCAAGAUUCUGCAGCACUGUUCUCGUUUUUUUCUCGAGAAGACGGGCGCCUUGAUCACUUGUGGAUGCUCAUUCUUAAGGCAUAUACAGUAGCUUCCAAAACAGGCCUUCUAAAGUUUGUGAGGAUGGUGUUGGUACUUUCCCAUGGAAAUGCAUCAUUGGAAAGAGGAUUUUCAGUGAAUUCUAAUCAGCUGACUGAAAACUUGCAGGAAGAAAUACUGAUCGCACAAAGACAGAUGUACGACUUUGUUCAACGUUCUGGAGGUGUAGAUCAUGUUGAUAUCACCAAGUCCAUGUUACAGUAUGUAAGAAAUGCUAGUUGUAGGCGUAAGGAAGCCCUGCAAACAAAACAAAAAGAAAAGGAAGCUACAGACAAGAAGAAGGCAGAAAAAAGAAGAGUUGAAGAGGAGAUCAAGGCAUUGCAGUUGAAGAAGGCUCAAAUGUUGGAUUUGGCUCGUUCUGAAGUAAGUGCAAUAGACGCAAAAGUUGAGGAACUGCGAAAUUGAUGGGAGCUUCCUUUUACUAAUUAUUUUUGCAAAAGGAAGUGUGUGAAAUAUUUGUAGCAGCAUGUUUUAUUUGCCAUCAACUGAGUCACUUUGGCCUCGUUUGGAAGAAGGUAAUUUUUUUACUAAUUUAAGUAAGUUGAAAUACUUUGAAACCCGUCAAUGUAAUUGUGGUAUAUUGUGCGCUGCCAGGUUGGUAACGCACGUCCGGACAUACAGUUCCGGGAUGGAGGCUGGUGAUACACGGCCAAACAAAGACUGGUGCGCAGUUUGUACAUUGUAAUCCCGUUACUACAUUGGCGACGAGGAUGGGAUUGGUUUCUUUGCGUGCAUUACGGCUCGUGUAAUGUUCAGAAAGAAUGUUGGUGUUUAAAGUUAAAAGUUUUACGCCCGGCGAGGACACGUGGGACUCGUAUGUCGAAAGGCUGGAACAGCUUUUCAUCGCAAACGGUGUAGAACGUGGUAUAUUUAAUUAUUGCAAUUGGGCGCCUAAUUAUAUAUAUAUUUUAAAAGUAAUGCCAAAGGUUAGGAAUUUUGACGUAACUAGUUAUACCUUCCAAAAUAUUAGUUUUUUUAUUAUUACCUUGACUUAACAGAACAAGCGAACAUAAAUUACAUCUAUUUAGGUAAUCAAAUAGUCUCAUAUAUACUAUAUCAGUGAUAGUUAUCUGUAUGAGGACAUAUAUUCCUAGAGAGCCAAAAUCUAAGUAAAGGUAUUUCAUACUAGUAAUGUCUUGAUUCACGUAACCUUACGUCUAGUUCAGUUGUUCGGAGACACUGCGAACUCUGCAGCACUGGAUAUCUGGGUAGCGGUAACCAGAGACAAGGACGUUUUCGACCAGCUGAAAACUACGAAUACUACUGUUCUAGUUGUAAAAUUAGAUGACGACAGUCCAGCAUCCUCCUCUGAUCCUGAAAAGUCUUUAUAAUUAAUUUGAAACGAUCUCACCGACGUAGACCACAUGGAACCUUGGAUGUAUGGUUGUCAUGGUUGUAACGGGAACUCAGGCCUCAGAAUUCUUGUGACAGCGACUGACGGCUCCGACCAUCGUCCUUCAGGGAUGGAAAGUACGAAGAUUCGAACCCAGGAUGGUCAUGAAUGUAGAUAUCAACCGAAAAGUAAGUUCAUUCUUGAAGUUCGGAAAAUCCAUAAUUCUGUCAAAUUAAUGCAGAAUUUCAUGAACCCAACUUGACGUCUACCAAAAUAACGGAACUCCGCUGUAGUCUCUUCUUGUGAGCUGAACGGAAAUGUAAAGAGAAGUACGACCCUCACUCAGUACGUAUCUUUCUAUCCAGAUAUUUUUUUCUUAUUUUAUUUGUUUUUUUACACAUCCAUAUUCCAAAAACCACUAUCGAACGAAUACCUGUUUAUAGCCACCAUAGAUGAACUAACCAAAGCUGGAAUUGAAAAUCCACAGACUUAUGCAAGUAGGAAUAACGAGAAUUUAAACCGCGCUAAAAUAUAGUAAUGGCUUUGCAAUAGCAUCAUUAAUUAGAUUUGAGGCUCUCUAUUCACAUCUUUCUCCUACUGUUUUUAACAUGAAACCUUUUAAAUAAAUUACACCAAUUUUGCACUCAUAAUCUCAUAAAAAAAAGAAAAAGAAAAACUGUAAACAUAGUGACGGUUUACAGAGCCGCUCCAGAUGAUUGAAUGUUAAUUACAUUGGAAUUCUUGAAAUCAUCUUAAUUUUUUUCUCAAAUGGAAUAAUCUAUGUACAAUAUUUCCUCCUAGUCUAUGAUAAGGUCUUUUUAACAGAAAUCCAUUUAGAUGCAUAAACAAAUAACUACGAUCAUAAUGUUGCUCUUAGCUGUGAAGGUACAAUGUAACAUUUACCAAUUAAAUUACGUUUUCACAUAGAAUUACAAAUAAUUAACCAAACAAACAACAUAAUCCUUCAAACAAACUUAAACAUAUAAACAGAUACAUUAAUAUAUGUUAUAAAUCAUUAUUCAUUUCAAUCAAAGCUUGAAGUUGGUUAGUACCCAUUUUGUAAUGUUGCUUAAAGUUUUUGUCUUUCAACUGGAUAUAUAUAAUAUAAUCUUGAUGUUUAAUCACUUCACAACUAUCUUAAUAUAAUAGUGUCCACUUCUUAUUUUCUGAAGGUAUCGUGUGUCACUUUACACCAAAAAUAGUUUAUAAGUAUUAUAGUUUAGAUAGUCUUUUCUUUUUAGCUUUAUCUUUCAACUUGAAGACUAAACUACCUAUUUGGCUCUCUCUAACUAAAAUGCUUUUAGUCAACAUAUGACAUGACAGUUAAUUAACUAUUACAUAUUAAUAUGUGUUUCAAUUUACUAUAUAAUAAUUGAUACAUACAGAGUCCCCUCUUAAUUGUUAAUAAUGUUCUCAAAAUUAUUACAUCACAAUUCAUACUAAAAGGUAACUAUAUUUAUCGGAAUUCAUGAAAUAAUUUCACAUGUACGCAAAUAUUAUGAAUAAGUUUGUAUAAGUGAAGUUCAACAAAGUAAUGUUAUAUUGUAAGAAUAUGCAUUCAUUUUGUGGUACUCUCAGGAAAAUAACAAGGAAUUAUAAUAAUAGAAAAAAUGUUAUAUAGAAAAAAAAUGUGUAAGAUCAACAGGUGGGAACCAAAAUCAAGAAACUAUGGACAGAGACGUACAUGUUUGUUAAGCGGAAGACAAAUUUAACGUGCUAACCUUCUUCGUGAUAUUCGUGAUACUACUAUUGGCGUAUGUUCUUCUUCCAAUGGAAUUUCUUACUAAUUUGUUAUCUUCAUUUAUGCAAUUCUUCUUUGUGACAUAGUGCCACUAUACGUAUAAGGCUACAAAACAAAAACAACUAUAUAUAUAUAUAUAUAUAUAUAUAUAUACACAUCCUCACUACAACUUCUCUGUGGUGGGACUAAAUAAUCGACGGCGAAUGCCUACGUUACAUCGAAUGUCUGCACUGGACGUUGCGCAGUGGACUUAAAUCGUCGAUAUGCUCAAUAGCAAAAGUAAACUGCACUCAUUGGUAUUCAUACUCAAAGGACAAUAAAUUAUUUAGCCUGUUAAACAUACGUAUUAGCUUUACUAAAUAACAUAUUAGCAUUGCUUAUAAACGAAGCAUUUGAUAGUCAAAAAGAAUACUUCCAUGUUUCCUUCUUCUGCGAGGUAAUUACCGCCAAUAAGUAAGUAUCUAUCAUUUAUAUGAUAAUUCACGAGGUUGCUGGUCGAUAAGGCCUUAAUUGAGUUAUAUUGUACUUCCCAAUGGUCUCGUCACUGUCUAACUUCUGUAGCACAUAACAGUUCUCGUUUAUCUUUCCCUUAUUUUGAUGUUACAGACUUGUAAUUUUAAUUUUGUCAAAUUUACCCCUUUGUUGUCACUAGUGACCGGUGUUCGGGGUAUCGUAUCACCGAUCUCUACUAGUUUAACUGCAUUGGGUUACUGGUAAUGGUGGUAGUUAUUUCCCGCGUAACCAUUGAGUCCGAUAUCGCUUCUAUGCCCUGCGGAUUAGCAUAGUAGACGGCAGUAUUAAUAGGUUCUUGCUUCUGAAACUGUGUAGAAAACUGAGUAGCUGACCGAUCUGGUUUAGUAUAAGCAUUUACAUGAUCUCCUGGUAUGGGGUUGUUAUAUAUGUCAUUUCUCGACUGAUUAAUCUGUAGUGAGUUACAGUGAUUUCUGUUUAGAGCUUGUGUGUUUUGUGUAGGCUGAGGUAUGUCGACCGAACGAUUUUCAACAGUUCCUUCAUAAUAUUUGACCACGCCUGCUUCGUUCCUAUGUGCAUGUUUAUUUUCUCGCUGUCGAGGUGAUCUAGAAUGUUUAUUCGGCGAUGUCGGUGGAGUAUUGUACGAACAUUCGCCGCUCCAAUUCCUUUGUGGUGUUGAUUGUGGUCUAUCAUGACUUUGACGAUAUUGAUUUUUUUCGGGUCUAGUGUACCAAGAAUCAUCCUGUUGUUUUCCAGAAUCUUUUGAAUACCGUUCUCGCUGUCGGUGAUAAUGUUUGUGGUUAUUAUACCACUCAUUCCGAUUACGUUUGGGCUUGUUAUUACGCCAUACUAACGUAUUAACUUGAGGUGUGUGACGAGUGUUAUUUUGUUUAUCGCCCUCAUUGCGACGCUGAUUCCAAGGCUGGUAUACAGGGUUAGGUUUGGUAUAUAUAGGUUGUUGGUUCUCCUCGCGAUCGAUGUUGUUCGUUCGAUUCUGACGAUCUAAACGUUCGUAAGCUAACAAUUGUUCUCUAAAAUCCGAAAUAUUCUCGAAAUUUCGUCCGGACAAAUGAAGCUGGUAUCUCAUUGGUAAUUGUCCUAAAACCAUUGCUACAAAUUCCCCGUCGUCCAUCUCUACAUCUAAAUAUCUCGUUCGUUCGAACAUAUCACUCAAGUGUCCCUCUAACGAUCUAUUUCUCUUUGGAUCAAAUUUUUCCCCGUGUAACAUCGCACGUAGAUUUCCCUGUAGUUUCAAACUCCAAUAUUGAUUUAGAAAUAAUUUCUUAAACUGUUCGUAAGAUGAUAUGACAUGAUGAUGCACUUCCCACCAAUAGUAAGCUGUGCUCUUCAAACUGCUACUUAAACAUUUUAAUUUUUCACUUUCGGUAAGGUUAAAAUGGGAUGAAUACUCUUCGAACGUUUUCAAAAAUUUUCGUGGAUUUUCGUGAGAUUUAGCCGAGAAUGUGGGCUUAUCCUCCACCCAAUGACGUGAAGGAUGGUUCAAAACUGAUGUAGGAUCAAUCAUCACAAUAGAUUGUCCGUCAACUGUAAGCAAAACUGCAACACUACUCGGGGCCUGUCCACUUUUGGACCAGCCCCGUGCUGAACUUGUUGGCGCCCGACGACAGAUGGUGCCGUCGGACGUACACCAGGUCGCCUGGCUCAAGAGGUUUGGGGGGACGGUUUGUCAGUGGAGUGUUGUGCUGCAGGUACUGCUCCUGCCGCUGACGUGCCUGCUCUCUCAUUUCUGAGAGUUCCACACGGGGGUCUCCCCCACUUCUUUCUGUUGCCGCCACGGCCACGCGGUACUCUCCCGGGAGGGCCAAUUUUUGUCCCUGCACAAGCUCCGCGGGAGAGUAAUGUGUGACGGCGCUCGUCCGCCGUCGUAGACAAUAUAACAAACAGAUUAGGAAUAUGGACGUCCCAUUUUGAAUGGACCUCUCCCAACCAGAGGCCGAGCUGUGCCUUCAUCUCUUGGUUCUGCCUCGGUUGGGUUUGCCCGUGGGUGGUAAGUGGGGGUUGUAUGAUGUUCGACACCCCACUUCCGGCAAGCCGUAUUCCACCUGGCUCCCCUGAACUGCCCGCCAUUGUCACUCAGUAGCACUGCUGGGUAACCGAAGCACGGGAACACCUCCCCUUCCAACAGUGCCACCACAGUUCCCGAAUGUACGUUGGACACUGAGUAUGCCUCAACCCACCUUGUGAAAAGAUCUGUUACCACGACCAAGAAACGCUUCCCACUUUUGCUACGUGGAUAUGGCCCCAUUAUAUCUAACGCCACAGUGUGGAAAGGCUGCUGGGGCCGAUGGGGCCAUUGCUGUUCCUCUCUGUCUGAUCUCCGCACCUUCCUAUGCUGACAGAUUGGACAACAGCGGGCAUACUCCCGGACGUCCCUUGUGGUGCCCGGCCAACAGAAUGUCUCCCUCGCUGCUCUCAGCGUCUGUUCCGCCCCUGGGUGUCCUGCAAGAGAGUGGUCAUGGAAGAAGGACAUGACUGCCGUCCGCACCCCCUCCGACACGUAAAUACUCAAGGACUCCAUGUCCCCUGGGACUCGGACCUGCAGUGUUUCCCCUCUGCAGUGCCUGAAAGGUAGGUCUUCCGCACGGCACUCCUCCAUCUGUGCCACGGUCGCCGCGUCUCCCAGUUGCGCCUGCGGCACUGCCUGUACCAAGUCUGAGAGUGUAUUCACAUAGCCCGAGUCAGUGUUAGGGGAUGCCUGCGUGGUCAGGUAAAGGGCCGCGGGUGACGGCCCCUCUGUCGUGGACGAGACCUCUCCUUGGGGUGGCACCAAGUCUACCCAGCUGCCCUCGUCCUCGAACACCAUGGCUGGAUCAGGAUGCCUGGACAACUCGUCUGCCAAUUGAUUUGUCUUUCCUGGCACAUGUUCGACCUGAAAAUCGAAGUUUUAAGCAUCAUGGCCCAGCGGGUGAAUUUAGACUACCUCCCUUGCAUUGAGUUCAACCAUUUCAGGCAUUGAUUGUCCAUACGAAGCACAUACGACCUCCCCUCUAAGUGGUGACGGUACUUGCCUACCGCCUACACCACUGCCAGACACUCCUGUUCGUUGACAUCAUACUAGCGAGCAGCAGGCCCGAACUUAGCGCUUGCAUACUCCAGGACCCGCCGCUCGCCCUCGGGCCCAAGCUGGUAGAGCACGGCCCCCAUGCCCACCUGACUAGCGUCUGUCUGGAGGUACAGGGGCUCCUCCGGCCUCAGCCUGGCCAGCGUAUGACACUCACAAAACAGGGCCUUGACAGCAGUCAGCGCCUGGUCCGCAGCUUCUGUCCAACAGUACUUAGUUUUGGGGGACGUGUCGCCGGGUCGUGUCUAGCCACCGAUCUUGCUUGUGUUUGGCGCGGAGGGGGUGGGGCCACGUAAGGGACAACUGCCCAGGUCUCUUCCUGAUUUUCCUGUUCCGCGACACCAGAUCUCUGCGCAAUGUCUUUCGAAGCAUUCCCGCACCUAAUUGCCAGUAAGUCCCCUUCUACACUGCGCGCGAGCUCCACAAACUCCCACAAAUCUAGUCCGAUAGCACUGCGCAAAAACGGCCUCAAAGUUGGAUGCAACUGUUCGCAGAUCAUUGGCAACACUGCACUCAAUGGUCCAUUUGUGCCUAAACGUCGGUACAGGCACACUUUUCUAUGAAUAAAUGCCUCCGCACUUUCCCCUUCCGCCUGCGGCAUACAGUAAAGCUGUCGUUCACAACUGGAGCGCGCCAUUAGUCCGUCGUAACGUCUCAACAAUGUACGUUGGAACUCCUCCCAAUCCGCGAGAAAAUGUCCGCCCUCUGCCCACCAUGCCUGUGCGUGUCCUCUUAACUGUUCACUCACUCUCGACACCCAUCUGUCCCGCGAUAAAUCCUUCAAUCUGUCCUUGCAAGUUUAAAGAAAAGUCCGCGGAUCCUCAUAUGCCUCUCCUGAAAAACUCUGUAACAGUUCCGGCACCUCCACUACACGCAUGACUACCGGUAAUUGUCUGUGCCCGCAUUGCUCGCACUCAGUCACUUGUCCGCAUGCCCCGCGCCACACUUCCCCCUGGCUAGCUGCGUCUGACUCUGCCAGUUGCUGUCCGCGUCUGUUUUCCGCACUGUCUGUGUCCGUGUUUCCGUGUUGCACUGUCAUUUUUUCCGACUUCAUCGCGCUACCUAAAGGACACGAGCAAGUUACCGCGCCGAUCAGUCCCGUCUGCGGUAAUCCGCACCACUCGCACUGCUCGUAGUUAUCUGCCAUUAUCCGUUACUCGUCUUCCCGGCGUAUUCAAUCUCUGCCUUAUCUCGUAUCUUCCCGCGACGUUAUUUCCCCCGGUUCCGCGAUCUCUUCCCGUCGCGAGAUACGUGAUCCUGCGCGGCCAGCGAUAAGCCGUGUUGCUCCGCCGCGCGAAAUAUGAUGCCGGCGUGAGACGCUCCGUGUUAUCUCGCUCCCACGCCGCUGUGUCGCGCCCGUUUCCUGUGCAGCUGCUCCCACGUCUCACGACUGUCUCCGCGUCUCGUCCCGCCCCGCACACAAUGUCCGAAAAAAAAACUAUGUCCGAUGUCCCGCGCACUAUGACUUUCCCCACUAUUCAAUGUUCCGCAUGCGUAGUCUUUUAACAUAGACAAAGUUCAAAAACGUAUCUUGGCUAGGCCACACUAGUAAGGGCGCCACAUCUCGUGUGCUGGUUGACUAGUCCCUGAAAAUGCUGCUAUCCUGCCGGCUACUCAGGGUUCGGUAGAGGGGGGUUCGGGCCGCGUGGCCGAGGGACUUAGUCUCCAGAGAUGAAAUGAGAACAACUCGAAUAAAGUUUGAUGAUCCUUUAUACUCAAGACGCUGAACACUUUACAUGGGGCUGCCGCGUUUCCGGUUCCGCGCACUAAUCUGGUUAAGAAAAUUACGGGACGUCCCGCCCGUGAUGACUAUUACUCCCACAGUAAGGAAUAGAAUUCUUAUGACCCGCGCGCGAUAGGAUGUCUGUCUGACUGUACUCCACACUGGCCAGAAAGUAAUGAAAAGCACAGAACCUAUGAUGGCGAAUGACCAGUUUGAAAAAAUGAACCGCGACUCGCCAGAAUUGAGAGCAGAACACACGUGCGUGAAAAUCAUAAGAUGAGAGCUCGCGACUGAAUAGCAAAAAACAAGCUCGACUGCAGAGUUGAAAAAAGUCUUCGCACUGUGGGGAAGACCUUUGUAAGUUUUGUACUAAAUAGGUCCCACACAUUAAAAACGUUGGGCUGUGUUUAAAACUGUGUAGAAGAAUUAUUUUUACUUGAGUGGCUUUCCACUGGUAAUGUUGGUAUCAGGUAGGUCACAGCUAGGUGUUACUUAAUUGGGGAACAAACAUACAUAAACAUACACUGGGGGUAGAUGAAAUUACAAAUGACAUAACACAACACUUUGAAUAUAGAAUAUAUAAUUAUUUUAUUCCCAAUGUAAAACGAUUUCAAAAUUUUAAUCUUAUUAAUAUAUUUAAUUUAAUUACUAUUUAUAUCCAAAACAACAUCCUAACUUACAAUUGACAUCAUAUAAAUUCAAUAAAAGUUCAAUUACCAGGAGUUAUGUUGCGCACAUUUAAAUAUUUACAAAAGUCCUUAUUCGGGUUCGUUGACACUACACAGUUUUAAUUAAUGUUUUUGGGAACUUAAAAUCAAUUGACCUCGGCUAGUUAGGUUCAAAAUGUCAUCGGUAGAGCUCAGAGCCUCUUAUCUAUCGGACCUCUGAGUCUGUUAAUUAGUGUGUAAAAUCGUAAAAUUUAUAUCCAAGUAUUAUUUAAAUCAUAUGUAAAGUCAAUUUAAUUCAGAAAAUCAAUGUUUAUAUUAAUUUCCGGCGACGAUGUGACGUAAAAACGGGAGUUGCGUGAUCUGUGCAUAAGAUGAGGACACAAAAUCUGGGCACUUUUAUUACUCACUCCUAUAUUAUUUAUCUUUUUAGAUAAAUCCUAUUCCAAUAUUCUGGACUCCCUAAUGAUUCAUAAUUAUCAUCCUCUAUCCGGGAUGCCUGUUGCUAAAUAGCUAAUUUUCAGGAUUUAUAAUCGCCGACGUCACGAAGUUGCCGCUCAUUCAGCUGGCCAUUGUAGAACUCUCUUUCUUACUAGCUUCUCCAAAUAAGCCAGUAAAACUCAAUUUUUAAAUGGUGGCCUGUGAUUGGCCAAAAAACCAACUUCGGUUACUUAAUUUCUUAACAAAAACGUGAAAUCCGAACGCAACAAUUGCGUGGAUAACAAAAUUUCACGUACAAUUUAAAUAAACAAAUAUUAAAAUAAUAAUUUACAUAAUAAAAUCACGGCGUUAAUUUUACCGUUUACAGUUUCCAAGUUCAUUAGUCCUUAGAGGGGUAUCAACAAUACCUAGUUCAAAUAGUCCGGUAAAAAUCCAAAGAGUCACUUUUCCAUAGACAUACACAACAAUAAAUUGCUGUUUCUGAAAAUAAAUAAUAUUAGACAUAGAGCAAACAAAAUAAAUAAAUCGUAAAUAAUAAUAAAUAAUUAAACUGUCAAAACAAACAUGUUGCAGUACAGCACGGCAAAGUCUAGAACCACUGUUAAUACUGCGCCCGCUUUUCUCACCGUCCUGUAGCGGUGUCACCAACACGUCCGUCGCCUCUCGUGCCGGGUCCACGACUGCCCUCCCACUUCCCUGCCGCGCCUGAGCGCCCGCGUCUCCCCCCUUCUCCGCGAGCCCGCGGAACAUGCUGAUUGGUCACAGGCGGAAGCCACGUCCUUGUCGCCCGGUGAACAAUUAAAACUUAUACAAAUACAUAAUCCUUCAAUACAAAAUUAAUUAUAAUAAAAUAUAAGCAAAAAAUAUACAAAAAGCGUAAAAAAAAUAUAUAUUUACAAUUAAAUAAUAUGUCAAAUCCUGUAUGGAAACAAAACGUUGCACGUCACUCUCACUUGCAUCAUACAACACACGCAAGAGAUGGCGCUGGCGAGGCAUAAUGGACUGAAGGAGCCGGGGAGACACUUGGGUCGACAUCAAUGGAACGUACUGGCUAAGAAAGUUCAGCAGUGCAAAGUAGCUCAUACGUGGCCUGAUACGUCUGCGGAGAUGGUUCUGUGACGAAACGUACUGGCUAAGAAAGUUCAGCGGUGCGAAGUAACUCUUGACACGGAUCGACACAACUGCGGAGGUAGUCCCAUAACGAAUAAUACUGAUAGCGAACAACGAUGCCAUGCUACGCGCGUCUCGAGCGGAGCGGAGUGGAGCGAGCACACGUCUGCUCUGCUCCGAGUCUGGCUAGCCACUGCCUCCUCCGCCCAUCCACGCGCCGAAGCUCGCGGCCCGCGGAGGAGGGGAAGGGGAAAUAGGCCGGCGUGGGAGAGACUCGUCUCGCGGUGGGCCAGGUUGCGGUUUACAUUUCCUAAGCAUAGCACUUGAAAAAAAUUACAUAAUUAUUUAAGAAAGAUAUUACAAGUAAUUGAACGGUAAAUGACAAAACGUAAACACAAAUUAAUCAAUUAGUUAAGAAUUAAAAGUCAAGUUAAGUAUUCGUACACUCUUAGACACAAUUCAGGACUUGAGAGUUCUGUUACGUUACUAAUUAUAUACAAUCGUGGAUGCUCGUGAUUAAUUAAAAUGUACAUGAUGACACUAAAAUUCCCAGGUAAAAAGUAUAAAUAUUUAUAAACACAUCAUUGUCUACGUCCCUGAUCGUAAACACUUCACUGACGGUGCACUAGGGGAACAUGCCUCCCUUAGGCCCACGUCGGUGAACAGGUACGGCCUCUACAUCUAGGAGGGCACGACGACUGUCGUCAAUAUCAAGCUUGUAUUUGUUCAAGACUUUAUGCGGAAGUUAUUUUAUUGUAACAUAACGUUUAAAGAAUUACCGUAUAAGAGCUUAUAACAGUAUUUAACACACAGUUUAUCUUAAAGGAAUUUGUAAGCAUUUUGUUAUUGUUAUGUUGAAGCUAUUAAAAUUGUUUAUAUUUUUUUUCAAAUGAGGGACGCCCCAGGGGGUCGGCCUUGUCAAAUAAAAGUAUUGUUCGUCUUGUAUAAACAUAAUAACCAAAUUUUAGGUUCUAUAACCUAUUUGAUUUCUUAUAGUGAUAUGUCUACUGGUGUCAGGCCGCAUGUCUAGUGCCUAGGCCUGGCUUCAAGUUGUUCCCCCAGUAACCCGCAAUCAAGAACACCAUUUAGUUAUUACUACACAUAGCACUGACAAGCAUCUUUCAUUGUACAUUAAUUAUAAAAUACAUACACACUGCAAAUAUGCCAAUAAUGCUUGAAGUUAUCUAGGUGUGCUUUGCGGUACCACUCGUCGCAUAUACCCCAAGGCUUGCGUAGAGAAGCCUGUGGGAUACUGCUUUCUUUGCGAGGCGGCCAUGUUGUUUUCAGAGGGAGGAGCAUGUAGCACUCGUACCAGGAGGCCGAGGCCAAAUGCAGGACACGACAACUUCAAAUACACUUGGAGACCUAUUGAGUUGUAAUAAUUAUCACAAUAAAUUUUGUGAUUUACGUGUUUGGGAAUUAGCCUUGAAAAGUGCACAACAAGGUUGCUGCUUGCACCCAAGUCAGGUUCGUUCAGCUGUCUCAGGUCCUGCCCAGUAUAGAUUUCAAAAUCAUAGGCAUAUCCAUUCAUGCCACCCAAAACAAAAAAUUUGUAGCCAUACUUAUGUGGCUUGUCUGGCAUGUAUUGCCACAGAUGAUACUUAGCCUUGGUGGCACACAUUUGCUCAUCUACAGCCAAUCUUUCCUCCAGAGGAAAAGAGGAAAACUGUUUCUUCAACGUGUCAGAAUUGGUCUGAUCUUGUGUAGCUUGUCAUGUCCUUCUUGAUUAUGAGGCACAAGUGUAUCAUUGUUAUGGAAGUGAAGGUAUUGUAUUAUUAUCUCAAUUGUUUCCUAAAUAAUUGGCAGUCCUAAAUUUGGGUUACAAUAAGUCCUGGUAUUAUUCUCACUCAUUAUGCUGGUCAAAAUGCAUAUUCCAAGAUAUGCUUGUAAAUCUGACUUUGUAAAAUUGACUGGCUCGUCAGAGUUUACCUGGCAGCUGUACGGUAUCGAUUCUUCCACAAUUUUUUCCUGUAGCUCCUCUGUGAAAAAAUAUUGGAAAUAUUGAAAUGGUGUGUCCAAAUCUAAAAUUUCUUGAGGCAGGUCUUCCUUCCCAGUAAUCUUCACCUGCUCUUCUGACAAGCCCAGUUCUUUUUAUGAAGUUGUGCCUGAGAUACUUUCUUUUGACUUUUGUAUUGUCUUGUCGUAUUUCUUCUUUCAUUUGUUGAAGUAGAGGGUCCUGGAAUGUCCUCUUCACAUGGUUCAUCACAGAUAGUUUCCUCUGCUACAUCCAACCCGAAGAAGUCGUCGUCGAAAUGGUGAACAGUUGUAUUGUCACUAGUGUUGUCAUUGUUGCGAUCUUGCUCAGGUUCUUCUGCUUCUUCCAAAAGUCUACAGAAAACUGCAUCAAAAUUUGAUACUGCUGGACGUGCAUCACCAUCAGCACCAAAUUCGUAAUUAUCAUAUAGAAAAUCGUUCUCAUCUUCACUAGAUCCAGACAUGAUUCCAGUUUAUUGCCUGGGCCGACUCUGACUACACAAAAAGUAAUUUGUUUCUUUGACAAACUGUGUUGUCAUUCAAAAUAACAUACAUUUAUAUGAAGUUGACUUCGACCCAAGUGUCUCCCGGGCUCCUUCAGGCCGUUAUGCCUCGUCAGCGCCCUCUCUUGCAUUACCAGUGCAGGGUGGUGUUUACGACCAGGGACACACCAGCGUGUGCCCUGGAACGUCCUUAAACGAAUACGUGUUUUGUAAAUAAUUCCUUCUAUCUUAUAAUUAUCGUGUCAGUGUAUUUCCUGUUGUAAAAUACGUUUUGUAUAAUAUUUUAUAAUGUCAUAGUUCUUAACUUGUAACUUGUAAAGUAAUUUAUAAUAUUUCAUAAUUCUUUAAUAAUUUGCAUUUAUUUAUUUUUGUAUAUAUUUUUCAGUGCCUAUGUUAUCAUGUGGAACCGCAAGCCUGGCCCGCCGCGCGAGUCGCGUCUCUCCCACGCCGGCCCUCUUCCCCUUCCUCUCCACAGCUAACACGGGCGGGCGGCGGAGUGUCAGUUGCUGUCUGGCUGCAGCACGGAGCAGACCUACUUCGCUCCGCUCUGCGAGAAGAAGCACGUUACGGAGUCCGGGUCGCAGCGUGGAUGAAACGUUCGUCACCCGACGUGAUCGUCCAGGCUGUGACAGGAUUUCCAGUAACAAAUCUCGUUAACAAGAUCGCGUCUUCUUCAAUUCGCAAUUCGCUCCGCUCAAGACGCACGUUGUGCACGUCUGAACUUUCAUAACCAGUACGUUUCGUCACGGGACUGCCUCCGCAGUCACAUCGAGUCGCGUUCCAGUUGUUACCAGUAUAUCUCCGGGAGUCCGGGUCGCGGCGAGGGAGGACUCUCGUCCCGCAACGCGUCGGCCAGGCUGCGAUAGGGCUGCGACGGAAUAAAGUAGCUCGUAAAAACGGACAGCAACAUCUUCUCCUUGCAACAUUCUACAUUUCCUCUUAUCUAUACAAAUUUCCCUCCCGGUCCAAUGUUUCACGGUCCCGGCCACGUUGGCCUGAACUCCACCUUCUCUCCGACUGGAGCUACGCGGGCAAAUCAGGGCGAGUCGCAGGACAAUUCGCAACAGGGACUUAGGGACCGCAGGCCGAGGCACGUCAAAGUUCAGUAUACAUUUUUAUUACUUGAAAUAAACAGCCGAAAUGACAUAUCUUUGUUGGAGUCUCUCAGUACAUGGUGUAGCCGAAAAUGAACUCGAAUUAAAACACAAGUUACAUGUAUAUCCGUUACUGUAAUACUUUUAUACUAUGAAAAUAAAAUAAAAAUUUUAUGUUCAAAAAUGGCAAUGAUAUUUAUUUUUUAAACUUUGCUGAUGACAAAUUGCAGACUGUAAAAAUAAAUUAGUAUGCCAGAAAUUCGCACCCACGAGUCACAACAAAUCCAAAGAUAAAAAUGCACACAAAAAAGGUUUUCAUGGUAACAAACUCAUGAAAACAUUUUUAUAGGUCUCUACAGAUGUCAUAGAACUGACGUCGUCCCGACAAUUGCCUCUAAGCCCGUUCCCCACACCGCUAGUACCCGAUCCCAUUUUCGGAGCGCACCCCUAGCCCGGCGAGAAUGAGUCAGGCGAGUGCCUCGGGCGUGACCCCAAUAGACUCAAAGAAACUUAAGGACAGGGAACCCCUGGGGCUCGAACCCAUAAAACAAUUAAGGAAAAAGACAUUAGUACAAAAUUACUAAUUCCCAGAUACUAAACAAGUGCGUAGUAGCCACUCCGUGUGAACACCGCACGCCCGGAGAGGUUAACGAACCUCAUUAACAUUCACUGCGGCCACUGGCCUUAAUUAAAGUGCCCGUGACAAUGAUCAAGUCGGUUUAGGAGAAAUCCCACUAAAAAAAUUCACAGUGAGACAAAUAUGUGAAUAAAUUUACAGUCGCCAACAUGAUGCCACAAUUCAAAUAAUUAAAUACUCUUAAACAAUUGUUAAGCCUUAAGCACCCAAUUACCAGGUGCUACCUUUUAAUUGGGCACCUGGAACGUGUUUUCAGUUUAUAAUAGAGCAAAUUAAGUUAAUGUAAAUUUUUGGCGCCGGCUCACAAAUGAGGUGAAAGUUUCCCUUCCUUGCGAGGAGGCCAUGUUCGGUAGUCUCCAAGCACUCCGCGCCGGGUAAAGACGUGUGUCCGUGAGCAGCCCUCCACUUUGUUUCACGGACCGUUCAUUUUGUAGUCACUUUAAUAUCUAAACCUUUUCUUUUUACUUAUUUGCUGCUCACGUUGACUCGGCGUGUAUUUUGCGGACCCGGGCUUAUCCCGACCGUUUUCGUUCGUGGUUCCGCACCACUUCGCGGGCCACGCCACUUACGGCACUUGCCGACUCCAGCCAAGACGCCUUCGCUAGACCGCCGCACAUACGCCUGCCGGCUGCAACCACAAGUAAGUGUAAGGUAUAAUUUAAGGUCACGCUCACUGAGCCACCCUAAGACAGUUAACUUUCGGUACUAGCCGUCUCCAGAACACUCGUAACGUGCUCCACGAGACUUUCGCAGCAAGUUCAUUGUGUUAUAUGUGUGUCGUGUUAAUUCUGUAAUCAGCGAAUGUUAAUGUAACUGUACAACGGGUGAGACGCAGCAUAGCGCAUUCGCAUAGUGUUUGUAGCGGUUCUGCCACCGCGUAGAGUACGCAUAGGGAGUACCGAGUACCCAUGCAUACCACCGGAGAAGUCCGUUAUUUAAACGUAAAUCAACAUAACCGGUGUCGCUUACGAUUAUUUCGCGCCACCCCGUCCACCACACGGCCGAACGGCCUCAGGGAAAUACAGGUUAGAUUUCAAGCCGCGUACCUGGCGGGGCGCGCGGGGGCAGAGUACUCGGGACCCAUCACCAACGGCCUACUGUUCCACUAGCCUGGCGCCCCCCGACACACAAGCAUAUGUGCAUAUAUAUAAAUCUGUGUGUCAAUACAAGACAAGUAUAAUAAAUAGCAACAACAGUUAAGCUAGUAGCUGCACAUAUUAAUCUAGCGCCACAAGCAUUGAGGCCUUUAUUUAUUUUUAUUUAUUUAUUUAUUUGUAAUUGUAACAUGCCAACCAACAGGACAAAGCCUUUAAUGGUUGGCACACAAUUAGAUACAUAUACACUCACAAUAAUAAACAUAAAUGAAAAACACAAAACAAUACAAUAUAAUACAUAUAAAAACAAAACACACAUAACGAAAGACAAUAAAACAAAAAUCAAACGUUACAAUUUAGUCAAUACAGAACUAAAACACAUAUGAUCAUUAGGAACUAAGGAAAAUAAUUAAAGUCUUUAUCAAAUUUAUUAAAAUUGGUUAUUAGCCUAAAGAUAAUAUCAUUAUUUCUGUUAACUGUACAUAAAGUGGAAGUUAAACGACUGUUAAAAGGAGGUACUCUUAAACCGGUGUUGUCAAGUAUAUAUUUACAGUUUAAUUUGUUAGUAUAACAUUUUUUAAUAAAAAUAAAGUCAAGUAAUUCUCUUUGACUUGAGAGAGAUAUCAGAUUGGGUAGAGGAAGUUGUUUUUGAAUAAUAAUAUUUAUUAAUUUAUUCUGAAUAUUUUCAAUUUUCAUAUUAUCGCACAUAUUGAUGUUGUUCCAAAUUACUGAGCAGUAUUCUAGUUUUGACCUAAUUAAUGCUAAAUAAAGUGAGAGGAUAGAAUCAGUUUUGGUAGCAUAACAUGUGACAUAUUUAAUUAAAGCUAAUGUUCUUCGGGAACUAGAAAUUAAAUGUUGAACAUGUUGGUGAAAGAACAAUUUAGAAUCUAGAAUGAUACCUAAAUCUUUGAGAGAAGAGGAUUUCUGAAUUAAGGUGUUGCCCAAUUUAAAAUCGUAUUUGAUAGGAAGGUAUUUUCUGGUAAAGGAUAUUAUUUUUGUUUUGCCUUUGUUGAGGGUCACAAGAUUGGCUUUACACCAGUUAUUAAUUUCAUUAAUGUCAGUUUGUAAUAAUAAAGUCAUUAAAAGAGAAAAUUUUUCUACUUAUUUUUAGAUCAUCUGCGAAUAGAGUGCCAGAAGAAUGAUUCAGAAUUUGAGUAAUGUCAUCAAUAAAUAUGUUAAAAAGUAAAGGAGACAAGGUACCACCUUAAGGAACUCCAGAACUAGCUAUAAAAUUUGAAGAAUGGGAGUUGUUGAUAGAUACAAAAAAAGUUCGAUUUUUAAGGUAGCUAGAAAACCAAUUAAUAUAAUUGUCACUAAGACCAAAAUUAUGUAACUUGCCUAAUAGUAAUGAAUGGUUUACAGUAUCAAAAGCUUUAGCAAGAUCAAAAUAGCAGGCAUCUACCUGACCCCUGCUAAUGACUUCAUUAAAAAUAGGAUUGAGGGAAGUAAUUAGAUUGGUGGCUGUGGUCAUUCCUGAUCUAAAGCCAUGUUGAUUACUAGAUAAACGAUUUUUUAGUUGGAAAUUAGUGAUUUUAAAAACUAUUUUUUCAAAAAUUUUAGAGAGACCAUUUAAUAGUGAUAUUGGUCUAUAGUUAACCACAUUUAAUUUGCUACCGUUUUUAUGAAUUGGAAUGACCUUUGCAAUUUUCCAUUUAUUUGGAAAAACUUGGGUUAUUAAACUAGUAUUAAAUAAAUGUUUUAAUAGGGGUACUAAUAUAUUUGAACAGCCUUUCAGAAUAAAAUUAGGAAUCCCGUCGGGUCCUGUAGACAUUGAGGGUUUUAGAGCCCUUAUGCCCCAAAGCACAAGGCUGUCAGAAACAGAGGGAACAGAUAUUGUAUCAAGGAAUGAAUUUAAGGUGGGAACUUGGUAAUUGACAUUAGAGGACACAUAAACACUUGAAAAGUAUUCAGCAAAUACAUUAGUCAACACCACUGGAUCACUAGAUACAACAUCAUUAACUUUUAACGAAUGCUGUUCAUGAUAACAGUUUUUUAUUAAUUUGACAUAGCGCCAAAACUUCUUAGGGUUGUUCUUGAUAUUAUUGUUAGUGGUUCUGGUCCAAUUUAUUUUAUCACGCUUGAUAAUAUAUUUGGUUUGUUUUCGAAAGAAUGAAAAUUUAGUAUAAUAGUACAUAUUUUUGUUUCUUCUGUAAAGUUUGUGAAAAUGUUUCUUGGAUUUUAAAGCUUGAAUUAAGUCUUUUGAAAACCAAACAGGGUAUUUAGAUGGUUUGCUAAUGAAAACGGGGAUGAAUUCAUUAAUAUUGUGACAUAUACAAGUAGUUAAUUGAUCAACAAGAUAGUUAACAUCAGUAGAUUCAUAGAAAUUUGACCAGUCAUAGUUUUUAACAGCAUUGUAAAGACCAAGAUAGUCACCAUUUAUAUAAGACCUAGAGACUCUAGUAGAACUGACCACAUAAGGAAUGCUGUCAGAUAUUUUUAUAAUUAAGGCAGGAUGAUAUGGGUCUUCAGUGACAAGUGCUUCAUCCGCAUGAGAUACUGAACAUUGCGAGAUGUUUGUAAAACAAAGAUCUAAGAGGUUUUUGGAUGAUAGGAUUGUAUUAUACUGAAAUAGACCAAGACUAGAUAUACAGUUUAUAAGAAUGUAUUGUGCUUUAGUCUUGAUGUGCGUGUGCACGAUGUUGGUAGUUAGAUUAUUGGUCCAAUCAACACCUGGGACGUUAAAAUCACCAAGUAGCACUAACUCAUCUUGAUAAGCAGCCAGUUUAUCUUCUAAAGUCUCAAAAUAAGAUGAAUAAAUAUUUGGUGAUGUUUGGGGUGGUAAAUAUAUAUUGCCAAUUAUAAAGGAUUUAUUCUGAGACAUUUUAACUUUUAACCAAACAGAUUCAAUUCCGGGGUAGUCCAGGUGAAAAAUAGGCUGAAUAGAAGUGAAUUUAAACUUAUUGACUGCUAUCAAAACACCGCCACCACGAUCUUUAGAAGUCAGCAAGGCGUCUCUGUCAUUUCUGUAGAUUGAGUAUUGGUCUGUGAAGUAGUGGGAAUUAAUGCUAAGAUCGUUGAACCAGGUUUCAGUUAGACAGAUAAAAUCAUAAUUAGAGAUAAUAAUGUUUUCAUAGAAUUCUUUUGAUUUAGUUCUCAGACCACGGACGUUUUGAUAAAAAAUUUCCAAUUCCUUUGAAAUAGGAUGCACACAAACAAAUUACGGUGCUCCUCCUGGCACCGGAGACUGGUUCGUUGCAGUGACACCAGCUGAUAAGGGCUUCAUGGGGAUGACGGUCUUAUCAGUGCUGACGGAAUUAUUUGAUGUAGAGUCACUGGUAGCAAUUUGUUCCGGGUGGAGUUUACCGUAGAAGGGACUGAUUAAGCACCCACUCGGCCAGAAUACUAUGUUAUUUAUUCAAUUAAAAUCUUCUUCAAGUACUACUAUGUGAAACAAAGCGUAAGAAUCGAAUUUGGUUCUAAGUUUCACUACCUUAACAUGUGAAAGAUUGAGUUCAUUAGUUAUGUAGUCAACUAUCUCGUUUGCUUGAACAGAAGGAUCAAAACGAGUAACAAACAGUGCUUUUGUUCUUCUCGGAACAGGCUUGGCGACCGUUUUAAGGGUGGGAAUAUUCCUUAUACCCACUUGCAUCUGUGUUUUCUUUCUCCCCGGCUCACGCUUGGACUCUGUAUUCGCCUUCAUUUUGGAUUUUCGUGCAUUUUGCACAACGGUGAAGCCGUCAGAGUCAGCAUGUUGGUUGGUGUGGUUGUUUUUGGUGACAUCACUUUUUUCUUGCUGCGUCAGAAGUAGGUCACUGGACGGACGCCUGUUACCUGAGACGCUCUGUGCUGCUACACGUUCAGUUUUUUUGUCGCUCAAAGACUUCAUUAAAGCCUGACUAUAAGAUAUCUCACUUUUAUUUAUUACAAACAAACUUUCUUUUAUUGAGAUGAGUUCUUGUUUAAUCACAGCCGUUUCAGAGCGGGAGUCGAUAAGCAGACACUUGAGUUGAGCGUUUUCGUUUUGAAGAGCAUCAACUUUAUUGCAAAGCAGUUCAACCUUUUUAAUUAAAUCAUCAAGUUUAAGAGCAUCUGGCUUCAUUAUUUCCAGCUUGGUUAUCUCCAACGUGGGUAGUUCCUGAGUUGCACUAGAACUGGAACCAGAUUUCUUGGUUGGCGAUCUAAACAUUUCCGUGUUGACGACCUGCACUGAUUUUAAAGAGAGAGGUUCAUAUUGGGGCAAAAAAACCCGGAAAUCAGGUUGAUCUAAGAUGGACGAAUUAAUAUUUAACACCAACAGACGAUGUUAAACCAAAAUAGAUCGAGAUAACCGAUGGUAAACGAGGAGCGCGCGCACACACGUCCGUCGGCUAUGGACUCCCGGCCGCUAAUGAUGAUUUAGUAGUUGUACAAUGGUUAUGAAGUAGUGGAGUGAGUUUCUUACAGUGUUUUGUACUUCGGAAAUCUUAAAAACUACUUCGAACAGUUAGCAACAUCGUAAUUGUUGCAACCAAACAUUGAACAAAUUUUUCCAGCCAUAAUAAAAUACAACUACUGAAGAAAACUUUUAAAAAAUGUGAAAUAAAAAUCGCUAAAAUAACAUUGUCCCAAAUGCUCUUACGCUGUAGGAGCAGGACAUGCCAAUACAUAUAAUGCGCUGCACAACGCAUCGCCUGUUUUUUUGGCGACCUUCCUAUAUUGUUGUUCUACAAAAUUUGCUAAAAGCUUGCCAGAAGCUCUCAUCAAACGAUUAACUUUUUUAUUUUUGUUUGUUAUUUACACGUAGUGGCAAAUAGUUAAUACCUUAUUUACUCGCGUAAAGGCCCCGCCCGCGUAUAAGCCUCCCUCCUUGUUUUGUAAACAUUUUUGAGAAAAAAUUUAAAAACGUGUUUUUCUGGAUUUAUCUGAGGGCAGGGCAGCUUGGCAUGCAUCAAACAGCAAGCCAUGUAUUGUGAGCGGCAGUGAUACAGAGACUGGUAUUAUAGUUUGUCCAUUCUCAGUAGGACCGUCGUGAGGCAUGCCAGACGUAAGCAGUUAGUCCUAUCUCAAACGACAUAAAGAUAAAGAAUGCUGGACUCAUGCGCUGCCGCUGUGUUGAUGUGGAGUGUUGUCGGAGUAGAAGAGGGGAAGUGAAGGAGGAAGGGAAGUGGGUCAAGGAUUCUAACACUCCUUUGUCUGGUUGGCUGGCUAGCUGGCAGGAGGGAGGUUAAGCCACGCCUCUGCCUCUCUCCCCUCCUGUCACAGCGCUGCCUCUGCCUCUCUCCCCCCCCUUUCAUAGCACUGCCUCUCCCCCCUGCGGAGUCGUUGCCUCUCUCUUCCUCCUGCCGCGUCACUGCCUCCCCCGCCCUCCCUCAUUCGAAUAAAGACGCACGACUUAAAAAGAAAAAUCUAUUUUUUCCUCCAAAUUCGCGUAUAGGCCCCCUCCCCUUUUUUGGAGUCAAAAUUUGGGGAAAAAAGGGGGGCCUUUACGCAAGUAAAUACGGUAUGCUGUAUGUUUCCCGCACUGUCCAAUAUACAGAAUAUGCCCACGUAACACCCACACAAGCACUCAAAAGUUGUAUCGUAUUUUUCUUCAUGUAGCGAAAUAUUUAAGUGAUAUUCGCCCUCAAAUUCAUCUUCGGUGAAGAAUUAGAUCUCCAUCUUUGAUUCAAAUUGAAAAGUCAAAAUAGAUAUGCUAAGGUUUUGUAGGGUGCCAGUUCACUGACAUUUGCAAUGAUAAGAGAGGGAGGUAGAAAUGUCAACACCACUACGUGACCACACGCAAUCGCAGAAUGCACACACGCAUACUCUGGUUGGUUUAUUUAUUAGUUUUCCCCUCCUGCAUCACAAUGCUAGACCAACAAGUCAUGUGGGUUGCUGGCAUAGACUAGGCCACUGGGCGGGCGUCAGACACAGCACAAUGGCAUCAUCCAUGCUGCUUUUCACACACCGCUGAGAUAUUUUAACUAAACCAUUUUUACUUGCUCAUGAAGUUAUAUUAAUAAAAAACCAAAGCAGGACAGUUAUUUUUACAUAUAUUCAAUGACAGAGCAGCUGGCUGUGAAUUUUCCUUUAACAAAAAAUUAGUGCGGAAUUAGAAAAAAAAAUUAUAGCCAAGUGUAACCUAUAUUGAUCGGAAAGUCGAUGCAAGCGUGCUCAAAUAUGUGCGCGAACUAAGAAAUAAUAAUGGAAUAAUGGAAAUGCCAUUUCUUACUGACUGCUCAAGGUGAAGGCCGGGGAAUUAGAAAAACACAACAAUACUCCUAACAGGCAGUUCGAAGCAUUUGUAGGCUGGGUUGUAUAUUUCCUGCUGUGCAAUAAUUUGAGUGUAUGUAGGACAACUUCAGUGUGUCGAAGGCUUCCUGCAGAUUACAUAGAAAAAAUUGCAAGAUUCCCCGUUUUCAGUCCGCAAGCUUGAGAUUCUGCAUAAAAGCGUACUUAAAUUGGUAAUGCAUACCAGACGCCUGUCUACUUUGAUAAUACGUUAAAAUCUACUUGUUUGGUAGAAAAUGCAGAAAGUGUUGCAAUAAGAACAGGAAAUGAGAAGAUGAGAUGCAUUUUCACGCUGUAAUAAAGGCUGACAGAAGUUAACUACUACCACACAUUAUUAAACAUAAAACUUUGCUAAAAAAAUUUCUGCGUGGAAUGCUUGUAUGAAUUCAGAAAAAGUGUGGAUGAACUAGAAGUUAACGUUGGACUGGGUGAAGUGUGAAUGGAAUAAUCGUUCUAGGGUGUUACUUACACAGCUUUAAAGUUUCCAAGGUCACCUGGUGUAUCCAGAGCUGAAAAUAAUCGAAGGCAUAAUUUUAGGUGUCCAAAUGUAAGUAUUACAACCAUUUGAUGUGUGUGUGAAUGUGCCUUUCAAAGACAGUUAACACAGUUAUUUUGCAGAAUGGAUGUCAACUGGUGAACAUGCACAAUAUCCCACAAGAAAAAUAAAAAGGAAUUGUUGGAAAAAGUGUGCGAGUGGAUAAUGGCAAGUUGGUACCAGAUAAAUCUUUUGAACUGGUUGUCAAAGCUUCAGGAAAAUGAGUAUCUCUAUCGCUAUUGAUGGAAGUGAAGAUCACAUCUGGCAGCGUGAUGGGAAUGGAAACGAUUCAGAAAAUUACCUCGACAGAAAUAUAUUUUCUUCAAGUACGAAAAUAAGUGAUGCCGAAUAUCUCUUUUGAGAUAAAUUACCAGUAUGUGUUUUAUUUGAACUACCUAUUGUGUAAUUUUUAAUGUUUUCAUUUUCUCUCUUCCAGGUUACAAUGGAAAAGACACAUUAAUUACUUCUGAUUCAUGAUGAAAAAUUUUUUUUAACAAAAUGUUGGAUAAAUAAUUAAUUAAAAUAUUUGGUGUGCUUUUGUAUGGUCUGAUCUUUUAAUUAAACAUACUUUCCAUGCAUCAUGUAUUAUGAAAAAAUUAACCUAAAAAAUGCUUUUAUUGCAUAAAAAUUGCACCCCUUAUUUUCAAACUUGAUUAUAGUACAGUAAAACUUGUUUGAUAAGUUCCCGCACAGUACAAAACCAUUUCCCGUCUAAUACGAUUAAAUUUUUCGGUCCCGCCAUUUCCUCCAUAUGUAGCAAGUUAUUUUUUCCUAUGUAAAAGAUUGCCUAAAAAUCCUGUACUGGUUUAAAAUGAAUAUUUAAAGUUAAAAUCCAUUAUACAUUACAUUACAGUGUACUUAAUUAAUUGAAAGAAAUAUGAAGUUGGUAGAUGUGUAAAUUCUUCCGUCACCGCUGUGUAGUGCGUAUGAAAAGGUAGCCAGCACUAGUUGGCAUCAUGCUUGGUUACGUUAUUGCCUGUAAAAAGUGUGUACACGUAGUCAAAUAUCAAUAUCGAUAGCUCGCAGAUGGCAUGCAUCUAGCACACUCUCUGGUGCUGAGAAAACAAUAUUUGACAUCUUUCACUCUUUCGUGAUUAUUACUCCCAUGUGAUUUUUUGGUUCCGGGUUCAGUUCCCUUUAAAAUACCUGACGUGGAACUGACUCUUAAACUCUUCGGUUUUGGUUCCGGGAAAAUUUGUUCCUUUUUGUUACCUCGCGUGGUGAUAUGUUAAUCAUGUGGGAAAGAGAAAAUACCACACAUUCUUUCAAUGUUGCCAACAUCUUGCAAUGUAACAAGGCACAAAAAAGUUAUGUAAUAGGGUAUAGUUACAACAUUUUUUUUGGAGAGACAGGAACCGGAACAAGCCAUCUAGGUUUCACCUAUUUUUUGGCCAUAAUAAUUUAAUUGGUUAAUUUUUAUCUUCGUUAAAGCAUUGUAUAUACAUUCAUAGAAUUCCUGAUGUUAAUAGUGGCUGGCUGCUACAAACAUUUUUCCAUGUGUUCUCUGCUUAACAAAGAAGAAGUUUCAAACAAUAGCAAAACAGUGAUGGCACAAAUACUGUUGAAACAAUGUGUCAUCUUUCACUUCAUUUCGUAUAUUGGUUGUACUGUUUUUUGUCAGUUAGAAUGUUACUAUUACCUGCCAUUUGUACAUUAAAGGCCAAUUACAAUAUAAACAAACCACGCAAGUAGGGAUGGGGCGAAUCCUGAUUUCCUCGAAUCCGAAUCCUAACUCAAAUCCUCGACUGGAAUUGCCGAAUCUCGAACCCAAACCCGAAUCUUUUAACAGAUGAUGUCCACAUAUCUAAUGUAAGUGAGAUGUAUUCUGCUUGCACUAAAAGUCCUUUGACUUUAUCACAUGUAGUUUGGUACAUUUCUGGUAUAGCCUAAGUGUAUAUAAAGACAAAACAAUUUUCUUGAGAAAUUUCAGUUUUAGUACAGAUUAGCAGUUAGGAUUUUUUCUAUAAAUAAGCUAGAGGUCUGCAAUCCUAAGAAUUUUACUUCGAGCCGAGCUCGAGCUUUUGUGGUACAGUUACACUUUUGGGAAAUUAUUUUUAUCUUAAACUUAGUAUAAUGUUUGAAUAAAGUAUUAAAAUGAAGUGGGCUUAUUAAUUUUGUGUAACUAUUUACAGUGUGUGUUUACAUUUUGCACUGCUAGAAAAAAAUAACAUUUUUUUCCAUUGAAUCUUACCGAUUUCCAUUGGUUCAUUAGUAACUGAUAUCAUCUAACUAACAUAACCAAGUAUAUGUUUGUGUAAAUGUAACAUAUCUUUUGGAAAAUUUCAUCCUUGUCAAUUUUUCUGGAGUCCUUACUGAGCUUCAACAAACUUAACACCAAAAAUCAUGUUGUUUGAAAAGUACAUUCACAUUGUUUCAACAUUUCCACUUUUCAGCACAAUAAUUCUGAGAGAGAUUGUCACAGAGUCUUAUUAAAUUCUGUUCUUUAAUCUAUCAUGCAGAACAAUAAUUUGUUCUGCACGUUCAGGAGUUAAAUUAGCUCUACGAUUGGAGAUAGUGUUUCCAGCAGAAGAGAAGCGUCUCUCGCUGGCAACCUGCGUGGCUGGAAUGCUUUAGUAAAAUUGCUUAACCUCAAAAUUAGUGUCAUAAAUAUCUGUAACUGGUCAGUUUAAUCAAUUGAAAGUAAUAAAAAUAAAAGCAUUUUACUUCAUUCAAUUUACACUUGCAAAAAAAACAUACACACAUAAACCUACAUGGAAAUUAAAGUCUUUUUCAAUAUCCUGAAGUCUGAAAUAUGUUUACUCAUGUCAUUAAAUGUAGAGCUGUAUUGAAGAAGCCGAUUUUGCCAAUAUUUAGUUGAAUCGGCAUUUCUGCCGACUUCCGAUACAGUACGCUUGUUAAUUUUCGGCCGAUAUUACUGAAAAACAAAAGAGACUGCCAUAACCUAAAAAUCCACAAGUACCAUUUUCACUUUUCGUAGUAGUACUGCAUUCUUUCACAUCACAUUAUUUCUUAGCAACAUGUGCCAACCGUAUAUCAAAGUUUAACAUCCUUUUUUUUUCAACAAUGUUCUUUAAUUUAAUAUGUCAUAAAUAAAUAAUACAUUACAUCUCGGUUGUUACGGUAACUAUAGUGCAAAUAUGGUAGCUAUUAUGCUUCUGUAGUAAUUAUGGUAUUCUACAAAGAAUCUUUAGUUCUUAUUAUGGUAAUUAUCUUAAAAUAACUAUUGGGUUUGUACUGUAGUUAUGGUACAUCAUCCAUAUUUCUUCGUAUGUUGUUGUUCAUUUGUCUUUUCUUCAUAUCAAAUACUGUAGAGGGAGAAUACAGGACAGCUCUAUACUAAUAGCACAGCCGCGCGGGCGAAGAGCGUCAGUGCUGCUACCUAGCGGCUCGGCGUGCAUUCCAAGCCUAAAAUGUAUUAAAUUCAACUCGUCAUUGCACCUAGACUAAUCAACAGAUUCUUUUGAAAAAAAUUGUGUUGACCCUGGUAUUCUUUGCGGCCAUGCAGAUGUAAAUUUAUUUGCUGAAAAGUUAGUUGCUUUCGAUGUAAAAAAUAGUUAACAAUGAACAGCAUAUUUUCAAGGAAAAUUGAAGUAAAAAAUUUCAAAGCAUUCUAUUGCUAAUCAUCGUUCAUUUAGGGAAUUAUCUAAUGAAUUAAUUAAAUUAUCCAAAUUUUUUAGCCACUAAAUACUAUUGAUUUGCUAUCGUUCAACAGCCUAUUGGUUAAAAGUUUUUUUAUGAAUAUAUGCAAUAUAAUGAGUACAGUUGUUCAUAUAGUGUAUAAUACGUAUAUAAUAAUUAUAUGUACAGUUAACAGAGAUUUGAGUACGAUAUUAUGAAAUUAAAUAACAUGGACUUUUAAAUAAUAUUGAAAAUUAAAGGGAGAUGAAAAAAUACAUAAUUUCAGUAUGACAUAAAUAUGUAGAAGUAGGGUCAGUUGGGGUAAUUGUGAACAAAUUUUACUAGUUUCAAUUACUGAUGGCUUUUAGGAGCAUAUUAACCAUGCAAAACCUUUUAGAACCUCCAUAAAACUAUUGUUUUACUCCAAACCUUCAAUUAAAAUUGGUUAUUUUUGCUGUGGAUUAAUUAUAAAGUAACUAAAAUGCUUGUUCAUAAUUACCCCGGAGACUAUGGGGUAAUUAUGAACAUCUUUAUCUGUGUACAGAUGGUAGACUAUAAAAAUCAUAAAGUUCACACAAAAAUAUUUGGCAGGGAUAAGUUGCAGAUAUCAUUCAAGAGGAUAAUUACGUUGUUCUUAUUUACCCCAAUACGAACUUAACAAUGAUCCAAAGAUUACUUUUUUAUCAGGAAAUUAUUUUAUUCUAUUACAACAACCAUAACAACGUGUCAAUGGGACAACAUUGGAUGUUUAUUUCAUUAACAUAUUUUAUUAAAAUCAAGAAGCAAAUUACUGAAAAUAUGCAGAAUGAAUCAAAAUUUUCUAAUUUUUACUUCUCUUUCACAUUAACACUGCCAUUAAACUUGUACACAGAUUUUCUUCCUGCUUUUUUGUAUUUUGGACACGGCAGAAUAGCUUUCACCUGGCUUUUAGUGAUGGUGAAUUUGUCAUUCUCCACUAAAAUAAAUUGUUUGUAUCGGGACAGGUCUCAUGGAUCAAAAAAAUCUUCUGUUCGUUUUGUUUUAUCAAGAGGAAACAGCCCAGUUGACUGAAAGCCUUUGACAAUGUUGUCCGUUUUCAUCUUUGCCCAAACGUUCCCCAGUAAUGUCGCGAACUCAGAUUUUUUCAGACGAGAAGGACCACUUCCCAUCUUGGUUUUACCAUGGAUAACUAAAACAUUGUCCCAUUCAGUCUUAACUGGGCCAAAUAUGCACUUAUCUAGUGGUUGAAGACGAUCUGUAAGGUGGCUGGGAAAUUUUAUCAGCUCCACAUUGUUGAAGAUUGCCUGCUCGAUAAUGCGAAUGCUUGUAUGGCUUUCAUAACCAUCAUAAAAAAGAAAAGCAGUUUUAUGUGCCAUGUUUUUCUUUUUACGUAUUUCAUUUACAUGGGUGAUGAAUAUCUUGACGUCAGCCGGGGCUACGCCCCAUGAGCCUAGUCAGUCUCCGUUUCCUCAACAUCCCCCUCCCCUUCCCUGGCAUUUGUACCGCCAUGUACGUAGUCGUGUGUUUGAAUUGCGCGCCACGAACUACCACAAGAGGGCGCUUAGAAGCAGUGCGGCGACCCCUAAAAUUGCUACGUUUUAAUAUUAUUUGUAAACCUUUUUGUUUGUUUUCAUUCAUCUUUGCCCCAGUGUUAUGCAGUUUACUUGUGUAUUCUUUAAUUUAAAUACACUAGAGUCCCGUUAUAGCGAGGUGUCACGGUUCCGGGUUUGAUCCUCGCUAUAACCGUGUCCUCGUUAUAACCGAAUUGGACAAAUUUUGGGCCCCAAAAAAUAAAAAUUAACCGAAAAUAGCAUAAAUAUUGUGUUUAAACCUGUAUAAUUGGAAAAUAACAGGUUAUAUUAACGAAAUCUUAAUUUCUGUGAGUAGAUGUGUGAAUUCUCUUUAAAACGAUACCCCAUAAGUACGGAUGCAAUCACCGAUUGCGUCAAAAUAACCAGAAUGGAAUACCCUACCACGCCACGUAAGUAUAGCAUCUCAGCCCGCGGCCGACGCAGCAUUGUCCUGCUAUCUAUUGUCGACGCGGGCUGUCUGCUGGCGGCCAUGUUGGUUCGGGAUGUAGUUAACAGGUGGUGCUAGUGUAGCGCGACGAUUUAGCAGGAGUGCGGCAACGCACGUACGCCUCAAACGAAAUAGUCGCUGUAAAACUAUACUUUUUUCAUUUAAAGAAACCUGUCAACUUUUUUAGAAAAUAAAUUAGUGAUUAAACUCAAACCAUCACCACCCCUUUCCCGGACAGAUACCCCAACAACUGACCGAAACAAAAGUUACAAGAAAACUGUCCUAGCGAUUCGGAAAUAAAUACGGUAGUGCCUACUAGAGGUGUAAAAGUAACGAAAAAAUGUGUACCCGAAUGUAUUCGUUACUAUCGUUACGUUACUCAUUACUUCUGAUACCGCAUAACAUGCUGUUUUAUGUUGCAGCAACGAAUCCAGUCGUAUUGCGUACGCGUACAGUAUGACGUCGCGUAAAUAAUAAUAAAUAGAAUAUAAACAAUUAACAAUAUUUGAUAAUUAAUAGUUUUUGUUAACCAAGAAACAAUUAAAUCUCAUUAGAGCGGCUUUCUAAUAUUAUCUCUUUUAAGAUAACAACCAAAAAAACGUGAAAAUACGUGAUUAUAAAAACAAAAACAUACAUAAACUUGGACGACGAAUUUCCAAAUUAUACUUUACUUAAUAAACAAACCUCGAUCUUUGUAACGUAAAUUCAUCUAAUAUGCGCUCGCAUGCGUAAAACAUACGAAAAAUGCGAGUAACGAGAUGCAUUCGUGUGUAACGUUUCGUUACUCGUUACUAGAUGGCGCACCCGUUACUCAGUACCGAAUACAUACGGUUUGCUACAGCUCUAGUGCCGACGGAAGUUUGAUAAAAGAAAGAAAGGACGGGAUUCUAUUUUUAAAGCCACGCACUUACGUGGCGACUGCAAGGCUGAAGAAUGUGACAGGCGUCAACGGCAGGAUGUCUAGUGGCGAGCGAAAGGGGUGGAGAUAAAGCAGACAAAUAACAAAAGCGCGCUUCAAGCGAUCACGCCGUAAAUUCCUCAAAAAUACCUCGUUAUAGCCGUGUUCUCGCUAUUACCGUGCUCGCUAUAACGAGAUUCUACUGUAUGUUACUUGAAAGAACCACAGACGUUGCCCGGGCGGACCCGAAUAGGCACGGACUUGGACGAGAGUAGGAAUGUUUUUAUAUAAAUUAUCAUUAAAUAAGUAAAUAUUAACGAACUUUAAAUUGCCAGUAAUUUUUACAUAUUUUUUAAUGUUGAUCUGUAAUUUGCUUAACUUUCGCCGGGGCACGGAAUCGUAGGAUGUAAUAACGGUAAUUGUGUUGGCGCGAAGGGCGCCAUGUUGCCACCUGCGAGCGAUGAGCUCGGCCCAGUCCAUCUUCAUCACUGACCGAGAGCAGACGCGCCAGCACCCCGGGGACCUCAACCAUUGUGCAUCACUGACCAAGUAAUUCUGUAUCGUUAAUUCUUUCUAAAUCUCUUUCGUUCGUUAUCCUCGGGGCAGCUCUCGGUCAGCGGGCUGCAUAAUUAAUUAAAUUGUCUCAGUCGAGUUUUUUAACCAUCGUGUAAUAAGCAUACUUUGUAGCAUGGCCACGUGUGUGGACCAUGCCUUCACCUAAGUCGAUUCGUGCCUCAGGCUUUUUAACCGUGUAACGUGUAACGGGCGUGGAGAGAAACGUGCUAGUGAAAUUAAAUCUGGGUAUAAAUAUAAACUGAGUAAUUUAUUUAACCACGUGGUGAGUGAGCCUACUUAGCCUAGGAGUGUGGCGUGCCCGACGCCUAGAGCGGGCCAGGUCUGGGUAGGUAGGGUAGACAGGGCUGGUAACUCGUCCCCACUUGGGCUACGUAACGCCCUGAGAGAGAGACUAGGCGGGUCCACGUGCCCUUCCACGUGGUGGCGCCCAUGUUUAACGUCUUAAAAUCGCCGGGAACGUGCGAGCAGCCCUCAAUUUUAGUGAACCAUUCAUAAAACGAGACCUCUUCCAUCCACCCGUUAGUGGUUGCAGCAUACAUAGUUCCAGGAUAUGGUUGUGGUGAUAUCCACCAUUCAUGAACAGCUUGUCCCUUGUAUACUAUGAGAGAGGGUAGAACCUCACCAUUAGCAGAAACGCAUGCAAGUACUUCCAGAACCAUCGGAAACCCUGCUGAGAGGUUUCCCAUUUUCCCCUAUUCCUCUCAUGCGGGAUGGGUCGUUAGGAAACCCACUUUCAUCUGCAUUAAAAGUGAAGCUUCCUGAAUCAUCUUCUACAGAGUUUUUUUGCAUAAGCAUUCUAACCAUCUCAAAAAAAUGGUAAACAACAAACGGAUCCCUUGCAUUCUUCCGUGCUUUUUGCAAGUGUUCUGGUUUUUUUUAGCGAAAUGUUAGGAUGUCGCUUCAUAAACCCAUAGUACCAGUCUUCACCUGGCUUACCAUCUUUAAAUCGGACAUUUAACUCGUUUUUUGCUUAUUACCUAUUCUAUGUUAUGUAAUGUGAGGUUAUGUUUUUGAUGCUACCAUGUUUAAUAGUUAAAAUCUCUGUAAAUUAAUAGGUAAUGCUCAAAAUUUAAAUUUUGCAAGCAGUAAUGUCUAAAUGUAUGGCCUACCAUGCAACAAAACACAAAAACCAACUGUUCAUAAUUACCCCGUAUGAUGAAAAGUAUGGGGUAAUUAUGAACAUGGUUCUGCAGGUCCUUGAAAAUGUGUUGUAGCAAAAUAUUAUUUAUAUUCUGUUAUAGUAAACAUAUAUUGUCAAAUAUUUACUAAAACAAAGAAUUAACUUGUUUUAAUAUGAUGGAAACAAAGGAUAUUCACAUACACUAAAAAUCUGUUUAUCACUUUAAACUGUAAGAUAUUUGAAAUACACAAACCAUGCAGCUAACCUCAAAGAAAAAAUGUCGGGAAUGUUAUAAUUCAGUAAACAGGAAUGUAAACAUUUGAUUUCAACUUCCUUUUAGUAUCAGGCACUGUCACAUGAGCGCUAGUAGCGCUUGUUCACAAUUACCCCGUGUUCAUAAUUAUCCCAACUGACCCUACAUAGCAUUUGACACAAUGUAAAUAAACAAUAUAAUCCUUAAAUUAGAACUUACAAUCGCACCAUCUUAAUUAGCUACCAUAAAUAUUAAAUAUGUAUUAAUACCUCGUUACUUUAAAAUAAUAUUUAAAUAAAUGCAUUAUUACAAUGGUACGUACCAGAGCUAGAACCAGUUUUACAAGAUUCACUUUCAUUGUAAAUGAAAAAGGCAAAUAAUAUACAAGAGACGAAUAUGCUUGUACAAUUUUAUCCAGCUGUACCUAAAUAGGUAGCAAGAAGUUUAUUUUCCCCGAUCAUACCUUAUUAUAACCACUGAUAUGCUAGAUAUUCCAUACAGUUUACAUGUGCAUGACUUUUGCUUUUUUGUUUUCUUUAUUCCGGGUUCUCCCACAUUCAUCGUAAAACAAAUAUUUUAAUGUCAUAAUCAAUUGUUUUAUAAAAGGUGUAAACGAUGCUUUUGCGAGGAAAUACAUUAUCUGAAAAGGAAUUGUGUGAAAAUAAGAAGAAGAAAACAAAGCAUAAAAUCACUAUAAUAUCAACAAACCAAGAAAUAAGGCAUAUUUAGUUAACAAUGAAAGCGGGAAGUGGGAAAUACUACAACUCACGAGAGUAUGUUUUUCUAAAAUAAAUAUUUUGACUUGGGGAAAAUUUUUACGUUCUAUAAGGCAAUAGAAUUUAAAAAAAAAAAAAAAUAUUUAAUAAUAAUUCCUUUCAAUUCUGACUGUUACUCUUUGUACUUCAGCGAGUUUAGUUUCAGAGGUUUUCGUAUGGCGCGGCCGUGGUCGCGGCAGCUAGGGGUAGUCAUCACGCCGAGCCGCGAGAGCGCAGCACCGUCGGUUUCUCGCGAAAACGAGCGAGCUGUCCUGUAUUCUCCCUCUACAGUAUUUGUUCAUAUUUACGUGCGCCAUUAUUUGAGACAGGAAGUUUCAGAAAAAAUUUUAACGGACUUUAUAUCACACAUUUAAUGGCGUAAAUGAUGAGACCUCGGGCAAUUUAAAAUAGAGGUGGGUUGUUACAGCAAUUUUCGGUAUCUGUUCCAACCUGAUACUGAUACAGUAAUGUAAUUAGUUACAAGUCUCUGAUAUUUUUGUAUCAGAGCAGUAGCGGUCCCAGGAAGCGACAAGGUAUCAGCAUUCUCGUUACAGGGUACACAUCCUCCGUGCCAUCAUCACCAGCGUAAAAAGGUAUCGGUGUCUGAUACAUUAUUUAUCACGCCCGGUAAUUCUCUACCUCUGUUACUCUCAUGCCCGCCUGAUACAGCCAGUAUCAAUCAGUUCAACAUUCACUGCAGUUCGUCCUGGUCGUCUAUUACCACGUACAUUGUUGCGGGCUGUCAUGCUUUGUAGUUAGUAUCUUUAUAGUGAAAUAAGGAAUGGAUAUGUGCAGGGAAAAGAAUUCAUUUGUGUGGAAUUUUUUUACGGAAAAUAAUGAGUUUGCUAAUUGUAAUUUGUGUAAACAAAAACUGAGUUAUAAAUCAUCAUCGACUAAUCUGAAAAAACAUUUGAAACGUAAACAUUGAUAUAGUAUGCUCACUAAUGUACGUAUCUGUUUUUUUUUUUAUUUUUAAUUUUUGAUAAAAUCGUAAUCUUUAAAUGUAUGAAAACACUAGUUACUAAUAGUUUUCGGAAAAAAAAUCCAUAUGUUGAUUACAUCUGUUAUUAGUGUCAACUGAGAAUUUAUUUGUAUUUUCAUAGCUGUUAGGUGCACAAAUAUAAAUAUUAUAUCUUGUAUUAAUGUACUUUUUAAUAUUAAAAUUUCAUUAGUUUUAUUAUUGAACGAGACUGUGCACGCACUGCGCACUGAGCGUUUUUUGAUGUGGGACAAUAACCAAACGACUCGUAACAAUUUCGCUUUGCGCCUUUCCUUCCACGCCUUCCCCUGCGCUUCCUCCCCUACAUUACUUCCCUUCUUUAUCCCUUAUUCGUCGUUCCUGCUCCCUCCCCUUUCACAAGCUCCGCCCAAGUGACCGUCAUCUGCGAUCGGGUUCUGCGCACAUUGGCCGUAGUGUUGUUCCAGGCGAAUUCUGAACUAAUACUAAAAAACUUGAUACUUUUCAAGUGUACUCGUUUGAUGUUCCUGAUACAGGCGUGUAUCAGUUCCAAAGAAUCAGGUUGAUACUUUUCGACCCACCUCUAAUUUAAACGCUUUAUACGGAAAAACCUACCAUGCGGGACCUCGUAAGUGAGUUUUACUGUAUUUUUUUUUUCCGUAAAUAGUAAAAAACCGAAUCCUUUGACAAAUCCUAUAUCAGACCUGCCGAAGCUUCGAAUCCCCAGGAUUCGGCGGAUAUUGGAUUCGGUCGCCCCAUCCCUACACGCAAGCAUACUGUACGUUGUAAAACUACCAACAUCAAAACUGAAUACAGGAAUUGUAAGAAAAAUAUAAAAAUUAUUUUCAAUUAUAUAAAUCAUAAAAUUAGAAAGUAUCUUUGCUAUCAGGAAUUUGAUGACAGCAAAGGUUUGAGGUUAGUUUUAAAAUACUCAAACAAAUUAAGUUUUAGGCUAAGGUAAAGAGUAGGUACGCUUCUUUUCUGUGGUUUUUAUUGUUUUCAAUAAUUAAAUAUUGAACCAGUAAACUUCAUUCAUAUUUAGUGUAGCAAAAUAGAUUAUUUUUUUCAUUUACAAGAACCAAUACUGGAAUCGAGAAACGAGGUUCUUGAUGUAAACCCGAACCGCAUUCGAACACAGCAAUAAAGCCCUGAACUGGACAGCCCUAGUAGUUAGUGUGUAUCAAAAUGACAAAAGUUAUAAGUAUAGGAUACCCUAAAAACAUUAGGACAUAAUUUUCAUUGUCAAGUUAUUCUAAGCAGAUGCUAAAAAUAUUUUUGUUUUGUAGAUUGUAUGCAUUUUUAAAAUUUUUAUUUAAGCAUACAUUCAAGUAGAAUUAUAUUUUCAAUAAGAAAUUUAAACUUCUUAGGCCCCAGUUAUCAUAAGAAAAUGUUACCAUUGGUCACUUUAUUCACAUUAAAAAUUUUUUGAGACAGUCCCUUGAAAAAGUCUUAACAGAGUUACACUGUACUAAAAGUGUGACGACUAUGUGAUAAAACAUGGUAGUAACAAAAGGUGGAAAUUCACUUUGUUCUUUAGAUGUGAAUCAUUUAUUAAUGUAGAUUUUUCUUUAAUUUCACCGAUUAUCAUUAUAUCUAAUAAAAAGGUUGUAAUACCCACGAAAGGACGAUACCAGAGACAGGCACUCGCGAGACACACUUUUUCUCAGUUAAAUGUACAGCCAGCCAUAUGAAAGUAUGUUGAGAUCAUUAGCCAGUUAGAAGGUAAAUUAUAUGUGCUCAGUUUUAUCUCUGAGUAACAUGAGCUAGUGGUUGGCUGUCUGAAACAGAGGUAAGGACAGUCCUCUGUGAUUGGUAGCUACGACACUGCACUCUGUAAGAAUUUUGUGAAACUACUUUAAAGAUUAUACACGACCCUUCAAAUCACUUCUGAGCAACUAACCAGCACUUUCUCUUUAGCAAGUCAUUUAUACAACUUGCAUUUUUGUAAACUUAAGUGAUACUGAAAAUAAUACAAAAAAAAUUAAAAAUUUAAAAAUGGAAUAUUUGCUUCAAAGAAAAAGUCUGUUUGCGCAUAGCCCUAGUGUCUGACUGAAGAUACACCUUACCCAAGCAUAUUCAUGUCAGUAAAAUAAACAAAAAUUAAAAUAAUUGCAUGUAGCCAUAAUUUCUUAUAAAGUACACUUUGUUUUUGUAUUCAGAUAUUGCAAUAUGUAACUUAGACAUGUUAACUAAUGGUCACUAUUCAAGUAAAAAAAUGGCUGCAGCCCCCAUCACUAACCUCCUUUGGAUCGGCAACAGGAAAAAUACUAUAAUACAUAUAUAUGAAAUGUUAUACAGUAGAAUCCCUCCUGAACGACCCCCUCUGGAACGACCAUUCCGUAAGAACGACCAGUUUUCGAGGAACCGUGAAAAAACUCGGAAAAAAAAAAAGAGUAAAAUCGGAUGAAAAACAAGUGCGCUACACACUAUGUACGGCGCUGCGCGUCACGUUUUUCUUGGCGAGCGCUGUACUGUUGGCAGGCGCACGCAUGGCUAAAAAUAGAUACCACCCCUCCAGAGUCCAGACUGGCCACCCUAGCGAUAACGGUAAACAGUGGUGCGCAUGCGCAUUUCUGUUGCCGUCCCGUGUCUUUGUCUUGUGGCUUGUUAGUGUGAUCUUGCUCGCUGUUGGAUACGCUUCUUUUGCUUGUUGAUUCGGAUAUUUCUUGGUUUUUAUUAUUGUUGACGACUUAUUACGCUUUGUUUCUUGGACGCCGAUUUGGUUAGUGGUUUGAUUUUGUGAAUUUUGUAUAUUGUUGACGACACACGCAUUUGUUUUUGGAUUUUGAUUUGGUAAAAUUAUUGGCUUGAUUCUAUGAACGAUCGUUGACGACACACGCAGUUUUACACGGAUUUUGAUUUUUUUUUUGGGAUUUUCGUUUCGCAUUUGUGAUAAUAAGUGCCAAGCAAAAUACACUUUCGCUAAUGAAAAAAUAUGAGAUCAUCCAGCAAGUGGGUAAGAAAACAAUUUCCAAGACUAAGAUAGCGCAGCAAUACAACAUUCCGAAGUCUACUCUCUUCACGAUUCUCAGACAGAGAGAAGAAAUUGUGAAUGCAGUACAGAAGCAAUUCCGCAAUGUGCAACUGAAAAAUUUGAGGGGCGCGACGUACGAAAACUCGGCCGCUCUAUAUUUCAAACCACCCAGUUACGUAAACGUUAGCACGAUGUUAUUUUAAAGCUGCCCAAAUAACGGACGGUUCUUUCCGUGAAAUGGCCGGGAGGGGGGGGGGGGGGGGGGGGAAUUGGCCAAAAAUUGCCCAAAUUCUCUGGAACGACCCUUCCGUAAGUACGACCGUUUUUUCAGGAACCGUGAGGGGUCCUUCCAGCGGGAUUCUACUGUACCAGAUAAUUGUAUAGUAUGAUAUUUAAAAUACUAAAAUAAGUAAGUGUAACAAGUAUUCUCUUUAUUGGAUUGGUUUUUCACGAGCGUGUAUACGAGUGUGCUGCCUCAGAGAACUAGCCUGGGUAAACUUAGCAGAACAAACUGAACAUGAGAAAGGUUUAUCUCCAGUAUGUAUGUGAGUGUGCCGCUUCAAACUGUCAGCCACGGUAAACUUAGCAGAACAUACUGUACAUGAGAAAGGUUUUUCUCCAGUAUGUAUAAAAGUGUGCCGCUUCAGAGUACUAGCAUUGUUAAACCUAGCAGAACAAACUGUACAUGAUAAAGGUUUUUCUCUAGUAUGUAUAUGAGUGUGCUGCCUAAGAUGACUAGCCUGGGUAAACUUAGCAGAACAAACUGAACAUGAGAAAGGUUUUUCUCCAGUAUGUAUACUUGUGUGCUGCUUCAGAUGACUAGCCUGGGUAAACUUAGCAGAACAAACUGUACAUGAGAAAGGUUUUUCUCCAGUGUGUAUAAAAGUGUGCCGCUUCAGAGUACUGGUAUCGUUAAACCUAGCAGAACAAACUGUACAAGAUAAAGGUUUUUCUCCAGUAUGUAUACGAGUGUGCUUCAUUAGAUGACUAGCCUGGGUAAACUUAGCAGAACAAACUGUACAAUAGAAAGGUUUAUCUCCAGUAUGUAUACGUGUGUGUUGCUUCAGAUUACUAACUUUGCUAAACCUAGCAGAACAAACUGUACAUGAGAAAGGUUUUUCUCCAGUGUGUAUAAAAGUGUGCUGCUUCAGAGUACUAGCAUUGUUAAACCUAGCAGAACAAACUGUACACGAGAAAGGUUUUUCUCCAGAGUGUAGACGAGUGUGCCGUCUCAGAUGACCAGAACAGCAAGACUUAGCAGAACAUAUUUGACAUGAGAGAGGUUGUUUGCCUCUAUGUGCAUUAGUGUUCUGCUCUGAUGGUGUAUAAGUGCAUGAACUAUCCUGUAUGCUAACACAAUUAUCAGUAGAUCCAAGGUAACUUGUUGUGCAGCUUGAUAAUUUUGUGCAGUCAGUAUUAGUCACUUCUGGCUUGAUUAAGCUGCUGGUGUCUGGUGAGUCUUGGGAUCUGUGGCCCAUGCAUCCUGAUGAAGUGUUGCCAUGGUAACCCACACAGCUGUGUGGUUCAUUCCAUCCAGCUGCUGUGGCUAGAACAGAAACAAGAACAAUUUAUAUGUUAAGAAAGAGAAACAUGAACAACAAUUAAAGGAAAACUCAUGUAA